AUGUAUAUAGACGCGUUCAAACGGAUCCUCUUUGAAAGGCUCAACUGCUUGAAGAGGAUGUGUGUGUGUCAGCGCCAGGGCAGGUCAGUAUUUCCCCCUAAAUAUGAGAAAUUUGAUAUUCUGUUUUGUGUGUGUGUGUGUGCAUGUAAACCAAUCAGCCAGUGUGUGAGUAAGUGAGAGUGAUGAUGGAGGCAGAUUUAAGGGAUAAGGGUGUCAUUUUGACAGUUGAAGUUUACCUUUGAGAACAGCAGGUGGUCAUGCAUGUGAGUGUGUGUGCGCUUGUGUGAUCAAGUGAGGCACUAAUCAGGUUUGAAAAGUUUGUUCGGAUAUUUUAUUUUUAAAUCUAAGGUGUUAUUUUUAUCCUGUUUCAUCUCCCGCUGCAGAAUAGAAAUCAUAGAAGUCAGAUGGAAACAGGUAGUGCAUGUUCUUUGCACCUCAGUCCAUGUUCCCACUCUGCACUCUGACUUGCAAAAUGUAUAAUGUAGUUCCCAGCCAGGUGUGCGUGCACGCAUGUGUGGAAGUGUCUCACAGAUGUGUGUGUGUGUGGGUGGGCUGUUUGUUUAGGGCGUGUCCCUGUUUUCAAGUGAUGGAUGUGUGACCCUGACUUAAUGGUGUGCGUUGCUCUGAGUUUUGAGAGCAGUCAAGGUUAUGCUGUUAUUAUUAUGAAUCAUUAAUUUGUUGGAAGGAAGCGAGGCAGAGACAUGUGGUGCGUUUGAGUGUCCACACAUGCUCUCAUGCUGCUCUGGACCUCACACUGUUUGUUUUUCUCCUCUGUCUCAUCAUGUAUGGGCCCCAGCAGCUCCUGAUUUGCACUACAACUAAAAAAAAAGGCCAUUUAUUCUGGGUCUGUCGUCCUCUCAUAUCAAUUCUCAGCACAAGUUUGAACUGACAGUAAGUGGAAAUACAUGUCUGGGUACGAACAUGACUCUCCUCAGAGUGGAGGAUGAAGUGAGGUGCGUUUCUCCUCUGUCAUAGUAAUGCACGUCAGCUGGGACUACUUGAUUGUCUAAUUAUGUACCUCCUGUGUCCUUCGGCUUCAUGCAUAUUCAUACUGCUUUUAAAGGUGUGGUGAAAACAAAGUGCGCACGUGUGUGUGGAUCAUGUGUAUAUGGAGGUGGUGGGGGGGGCAGGGUCUGUUAUAUGUGUGUGUGUGUAUGUGUGUGCAUGGCAGUUUACCCUUGACAGGGCAGGGCUACGCAGGCACAUUCUCCCAUCUGUGGUCCAAACCUUUGCUCCCAGCCACUGCAUUUGGAUUCUGCAGUUGUACCCUGCUCUAUUCUUAGUUCCCAGCAGUUCAUGUGGAGUCUGAUGUGUAAUGUUAACAACAACAACAACAACAAUAUUAUCAUACCGGGGCUGUGCUUGACUCAUUUCAUCACUGAGACGAGUAACAAAAAUGCCCCAAAUUUAUUACAGCCUUAAUGAGUGUCAAAGAGUCGGUUCGCUGAUUUAGCAACCAAACUUUGACUUGUUCCAUCUUUAACAUAGGAGUAACCCACUCAUCAUAAACAUACUGUAUGUUACAGGUGCCACAUGACUACUAUAUCAAAACAUGAUGGCAAAUCAUAACAAUAGCUAUAUAGGGUGUUCGCCAAAACUAGCAAAGUGUUAACAGUGGGGAUGUUUGGAGUUUAGGCAGCUGAUUUGGCAUCAUUCAUUCAUUCAUUAGUUCAUUUAUUUAUUUAUUAAGACCUGAAUGCCAGGCCUGUUGUGCCUAAACCUCCCACCACUAGCUGGAGCUGUGGUUAAUGACUAACUGAUUACGUUUUUAAGUAUGUUGUUGCCAUAGACUUUAUGGACAACUUGGUUCCGCCUUCCACCAGUAUUACAGAUUUGAAGCUGAAAAGCUCUCGGUAAUUCUGCGUUUUUUCUCCAUUUCCUGAAACCGAUAUUGCGCAGUAGCGUUGUACACACCCCACCACUUGCGCAAUAGCGUUUAACGCAUUUGGCGGGAGAGUCGCCGAGAGUCGCUGUGAUGACACUCGGCUCACACAGCGUAUCCCCCAGGUGAACUACGCAAUUAUGACCUAUACUGCAGCCCGCCGCCAGAGGGUGCUGUUCUUGGAGUGGCUUCACCCAGCGAGGAGGCAGACUCUGUUCAUUCUACAGACAGUCUAUGGUUGUUGCUUGACAUAUUUUGAUUUUGAAAAUGGAGGAAAAGUUCCAUAACAAACCCAGACAUUUGGAUGUUCAUGCGUAGCAAGGACUGAUAGCUCUGCUAACAUUGGCCACUCUUUGAAAACCCUUUGACAAUGUCUGCUCAUGGAAUCUGUGAUCCUGUGUUUAGUUUUUAAAUUUUACUAAGUUUUGACCCUUGUAUAGUGUCUCCCUACCUUUUAAAGUAGUCGAUUGUUGGAAUUCACUUCCUGUUUAAAUGACAAGCAAAUGAGGCGCUUCAAAACUUUUCACAUACUCUUUUAUGUUCAGGAAAAUGGAAAAUGCUUAAGAAAGAAGCAGCUCAGACUAAAGAACAAAGGUUUCUUUUUUAGACAGCUGUUGAAAAUUAGAAAAUAUGAACCUCUUCAUUUGCGAACACUUCAUGUUUUUGUUCACUGUGAUAUUUUUACACUGUAUUAGCCCUGAAAACCGCUGUAUUGAUUUCUACUUUCAAGUUAACAUGCAAAGCCUGUGUAACACAUCAAUGUUAACUGAGGCUGGAAGCAGGAUAUGAACAGGCUGAGUCAUGAAGGACACAACAUAUAGGGUCUCGCUCACACUAUGGCAAUAUAUUGAGUCAUCACCCGAUGUACUGCGAGUGUGAUACAUAUUGGUAUUGCCCCGUUCUUGCCAAUACUCGCCCUUCUGCUUGUAUGCGCUGAGAUUCAGUUUGGAUCGGAUAAGCCUCCGUUAAGUGGUUAGACUCUGACUGAGGUUGCGAAUCAAUAACUAAUCAAUGAUGGUGUGAGGACUUACAAUUUACACUCUGCCAUAUUUGAAAUGUCAAGACGGCAAUGAAUCCAUGUAUCCUUGAGUUAGAUGUGAGUUGGACAACUGGGAUCAAUAUCAGGUGGUGAGACAGGCAGGCAGGAGCGGGUGAGGGUCACCUUCACCCAUCCCUACUGAAUCAGCAGUAUCUCUCUUACACACACACACACACACUCACGCACACGCACUAAGGCCUGCUUAGGUUACCAAGCUGCGACCUCACAAAAAUGCUCAUUAUAGUGAUCUGAACCUCCCCCCAUUUCCCUAUGAAUAAUACAUUUUGUUAUUAUGAUUUCCGCCAGUCUUUAUAAGGUUACCACUCCCAGCUCUGUGUCCACUCUAAUGUUCUAUUCCUCCCUGCUUCUAGUCCGUUACUGCUUCUAUUUUCAGCAUCAUCUUCUGUAUAAUUUUACCUAAUUUCUUCCUGCUUUUUUUCCCCCCAUUUCCAUCUCUCUUAUCCGUCAUCUCUGUUGAGACGCUGAUCUGCUCUGUUUAAUUAAACUGCUCCCUCCUCCAGAUGAGGGUUCAUCUCUGAUCGCGGCGAGGAGUGUAAUGCGUCCUGGCAGAUUGAGUAAGAUGACCUGUUGUUGGUACAGCCGUGGCGUUCCUCAGAAGAGCGCUGUGUACACAACAUGCCCCGCUAAUACGACCCCCCCUGCCUUAGCCUUGAUCCCCUGACGUUCACAGAUACCGUUUUCAACUAAAGAGGACAUCACUAAGCUUGUGUUAUACUAUCAGGUGUGUGUGUAUACGGGUGUCACUUUAAUUCUCAAUACUCUUUUAAUCUUACACUAAGUCCACAUCAACACGAGAGCUGCUCUGAUAUCAAAUAGAUUGUGGAUUUAUCGAUGACGUGCAGAGAGAAGUGACUUUUCCCGUCCCUGUAUUCUUAUCAGCUUUUUCAUGUAUACUUAAUAAUGAGUCGAGUCUUUCCGUGCGUGUGUGAUAGAGGGAGACAUUUUGUGUUUUGCAACCCACAAGCAUUUAAUCUUUUAUUUUUAAAUCUGCCUCUGCUGUCUGUUUUGUGUCGAGCACUCUCGUGCCCUAGAUUUGGGAGCGAGUGAGCAUCAGGGAGCUUUAUUGCACCCCACGUUGCUCGUACAGUGUCGGUGUAAAUAUUUGGCAGGAGAGGUCAGAGCAUGGAUCUCAGAUAAGAGUGAAGAGUCAGGCUGGGACAAUACCACUGUGCCCUUUUUAUUUCGGUCUGUGUGCCGCUGCGCUGUCUUUGAGUUUAGAUGAAUUAAAGGUCAGCUGUUAUUUAAGAUGCCUUACUUGUCUCACCUCCAACACCACCAGUGGGAGGAUGCAGAGAGAGUAGGAGCAGUGUGCUUCACCACAGGUCACAGUGAAGUCCUGCGCUCUGCACUAAAUACCUGCUUUUUAAACAGAGGAGUAUUGUAGGCGAUGUGUUGAAUUCUUGUAAAGUUUUCAGUCUUUAGAUAAAAGUCUAAAUAAAUCAAGUUAUAAAGAUUUUCAUCAUGUAGUUAUUGUCUAACAUCUCUGAUGGAAAUGAACUUUUAGGCUCUCUGAGAUUUGAGCAGCAUUUCACACUUAAAUCUUAACAAACGUGCUGUAGAGAGCUUUUUUUUUCACAAUUUAUAUUUUUAGUUUAUUGAUUUGUGGGUCUGUUGAGAUUUGUGUGUCUACAAUUUUAGUCAGAGUUUCACAAAGAUUGGUUAUCAGAGUUUGCUGGAAAUCUUUGGCUGUUGGUCAUGUGUUGAAUUUGUACUGACUCUAGGGUUGUCAACAUAUCAGAUUAUCAAUUUAUGAUUAUUGUGGCCAUGAAAUAUCACGAUAAUGAUACUGUCAAUAUUUGUGGCAAACUUUAAAUUUAAACAACAUGGUGAGUGAAGCGAGGAAAGACAAGAUAAGGGUGGAGAAACAUGAUACAUGUUCAUAAAUUAGACUUAUAAACACAGUUAACAGACACGUCAUUAUCAAUUUUAAUGAUAUUCAUAUUUCUGAUUCAUCCAAAUCUCUGGCUGUGCAUCUGAAACUCCUUUAGAAGAGACAUCCCCAGAAAAUGAAAGUUUUUUGCUGCUUUUAUUUCGACAUUUUGUUUAAAUUGUAAAACUGUGCUUUUAUUUUGAAGUAUUUUGAAGCUAUUGUGAGUCACAGAACUGAAUAAAAACAGUUACCUGAAGAGGCAGGAGCUCUGACGUUACAUUUGGAUUGACAGUAAAUCAUAAAACAUCAUCUACAAUAGAGCUGCUUUGUAUUAAUUCACAGGCUGUCGGCUGUUUCUUCUUUGUUUCUCCUCCAUUUUAUGAAGUGUGGCAGCGUUAAAGACCUCAGCUAUGAACUCACGGUCUUAUCGUUCGGCUAUUUUUAGCACAAUACCAAUAGAUCAUAUUUUAAUAAGGCCAGUUACAGCUAAUAAUGUAUUGACUUCAUUGAUUAACUGAUAGUGGACUGGAUAGUGAAUGGGCUUAAUUCCAAAGGUAUUGAGAAACAACACCUGGGAAUUUACAAGAAAAAGUCAUCUAUCUUCAUGAUUUUUGAUGUUUUAUUCUCUGUGGAACAAUAAAUAGUUUCUGUCCUUGUCUGUUUCACUGCAGCAAGUGUUCAAUGAUCAUUUUCUUCUACUUGUGGAUGAAUGUGCAGCAGCUGCGCACAUGCUCAGUAGAAACUCCAUUAUCUUACCAGUGUUCUUGUUGACUUUAGUCCGGCUUACAAAGAACUUGACGUCUUUUUUAGUUGUUUAUUCAGAGUGUGUUUGUAGAGAGGCAAACAAAUGCAGCUGUUUUGCAUUCUGCUCACAUUGUAGCUGACAAAACACAAAGUCAGUCCAUCAAUAUUCUCCGAAAUUCACUGUUUGGAAAGACAACUGCCCUGAACUUUGAGUCAGCGUGCAUAAAAUACCAAACACACUUACAUAAAUUCAUGGAGCAGUCUAGCUGAGCUAAUUGAACAGGCUAAUUUUAUUAUCGCAGAUCUCAUUUGGAGCGGAAAGACAAUGUGGACGACAGAGCGAGCAUGACUCAAACAAGUCAAAGCAACAGAAGCUUUCAGAGGCUUUAAACUCGACCCUGCUGCUCAGACACUGGGGGUACAGCUGUUCAGCGACGGGAACAUUUAGAGAAAGAUCAUCAGGCGGAGUUGAAUUAGAGCAACAUCUGACUGCAAAAGCUGAUUGUGUUAAAGUUUCUUAUCUUUGAAGUUUCUCUCAAACUCCGGCCCGCGGUCAAAGCCGAUUAUGUCAGAGAGCGGUCCACCAGCUGAGAGACGGCUUUGAUGGGGAUGAGGGCCGGCAUCUAGAUAGACAUCAGGAGCACAGGGCGGAUCAGGAGAGCUGACAGUCACUGCUCUCACCACAAAACCUCAAUAAUGUUACCGAUACAGAGAGGAUCUAUCAGAAAAGGUGAUUUCACUGACAAACUGAGAGUCACGUUCAAGUUAAAGGAAUAAUCUUUAAAUUCUCAGACAUGUUGUACUUGCACCAGAGCGACUUUUUACCCACAAUCCUCUUGCUCCCUCAUCUUAAUUGAUGUGUUUUGCUCACGCCCUGUUUUUCAUGAAGGUCUUUCAAGAUGCUCUGCACCCCAAUGUCAAGUGCUAUUCCCUCAUGUUCUGCUUGCCUUGCUUCAAGUUGACUUUGAAUAAUUGAGCUCCAUGGCAAAGCUCAUCUGUGUAACUUUAAUAAAUUAUCACCCCCUGAGAUUCCAACCUGAAAUAACUGCUUAGUUAAUUUGUCCUGUAAUAAAGAUAUUUUGCUCCAGACUGGGAGCCAGCGGGGAUAAAAUGGCCCUAGCUCUUUCAGACUAAUCACUGGGAGGCAUGAAAAGCACAGGACCUUAAAUCUUUGCAUUGUCACUGCUGCACUUGGGUGUUUAGUUUGUUAAAGUGAAGCUUAAAUCACAGUUGUACUCUCUUUUAAAAGGAAAAAAAAAAAACUUUUAUGCUUAAUUAACUGAGAACAGUGAGUGUUCUCCGGAUAAAACAGCCAUGCGUUUAUGCAAUUCAGAGCUAAAAGGCAUAUGUCAACCAGAAAACACGAUGUGGCGCAGCUGUUCAUGCCACACAGAGUCACAAUAGCCUCGAGCUUUUGCUUUGUGCUUUAAACAAAAAUGGUGAGGAAAUAAAAAAAAAAAUCGCCUCUCAGAAUAGCCUGGAAGUCAGGGGUGUGUGUGUUUGCCAUUGACAGAUUGCUGUGGUUUGAAGUUACACUGAAAGGCUGUGGUUGGAGGCUUUAGAGAUUCUGAGCAUGUCUCUGGUGGAGGGGAGAAGUCAGUGAAACGGGAUCUGUGUUGGUCAGCUCUUUGCUGACCUAAAGGUCAGAAAUCUCAAUUGAGCUUUCUUUUUAUAGGCUCCGAUAUCCUUGAAUCCAUACAGUGUGUCCUCUACAGGAGAUCUAUCAGUUUUAUUGUCGGCUCCAUAAUUCUUCCUGAGCAGUAUACAUGUUGUAUUGGACCAUGUGGACACGUGGCUCUAUGGACUUUUGGCUGGUCCAUCAUUUUGGUCUCAACUGAGCAUCUCAAAAAUGGUUUGGCUGAUCUCCAUUUUGGUUAUGUGUUAACAUUAAUAUUCCCCAGAAACUCCUGAUUUGUUUGUUUCCUACCCAAAGUUUUUAAUUUUAAGAUAUUUCCAAGGUGCUGUCCAACAUGACUAUGGUUUUAUUUAGGCUCAUAGACUGUAUAUACUAUGGACCACUUGGUUCCACCUUCCACCAGUAUACGGAAGCCGAAAAGAUCUUGGUAUUUCCGCGUUUUUUCUCCAUUUCCUGAAACCAACAUUGCGCAGUAGCAUUGUGCGCAUUUGGUGGGAGAGUCACUGAGAGUUGCUGUGAUGACGCUCAGCUCAAACAGCGUAUCCCCUGGGUGAGCUACGCAAUCUUCGUACGCCCAUAGGCUGUAUUAAGUGUCAAUCAUAGAAAACAUGAACCCCCUAAUAACUUUUAAAAAUGUAGCUCCACAGAAAAAAGAGGACUUGAGCACAAACCAGUCUUACAGUAACUACAUGUCAACAUUGCAAGCAGGGGAGAGAAAAAUUUAUAUUCUGUGUAAUAACUUUCUAAAGUUUGACCACAGCUCCAUAGGGAUUGCUGGGGGAGGCGGGAUUUAUGACCUAUGCUGCAGCCCAUCACCAGAGGGUGCUGUUCUCGGCGUGGCUUCACCCAGCGAGGAGGCAGACUCUGUCCAUUCUAUAUACAGUCUAUGUUCAGAUUUCACAAGUCACAUUAAAAAUACUAAAUGUUUCCUCUGUGUGGUCCGGCUUCUGGCUUCAAGACAAGACUGGAGGUCACUAAAAAAGCGAUAUAUCCCAUCAUGCAUUGCAGUGAGAUUUUUUUUUUCAUUGUUAAAAAUUCUAUUUUGUCUUGUACUUAAAUUAACUUCUGUAAAUAUUAAAAACUUUUAUGUUGCAUCACUAUCAGGUAAUAUUUACUUAAAAAAUGUAUAAAAUCACCAAUAAUCCGAACUUCAUGUUAGGACAAAACGUGCUCAGUUACAAAGCUAGUACACACCUUCCUGAUUCGUCGAGAUCUCUUCGUCACCAGCUCCUCCUCAGCCUCACUGGGUACCUAAACCUGUGUUUCACGUACACACAGUGAAACGAGCUCGCAGGGCCAGUUUGUAGCAUCAACACCAACAGCAGGGAGCGAGCAGAGCGGUGUCAGGGUGUGUCUGCGGUGGGACGAGUCCGGGCUUCAGCAGACCUGACAGGCUGUGGCUCAUUAAACCCCCGUCAGAUGCAGGAGGUCAAGAUAACAACAGCUACAGAGCGGGCGACACGCUCCUCCUCCAUGCGAAUAAUGUAGACACACACCCACGCACACACACACACACUUACAACAGGACAGGAUAAUACCCCAGACCUAUGAGUCGAUUUAUUUUUAGCAUUUUAAUCAUUACUGCCAACUGCUGAGAAAUUCAGAGAAAUCUUAAAGCACGAAGAGACCAACGGCUUACUGAGUUAUUAUUCUGGAUUUGUGCACGUGGAAAUAAGAUUUGAUAGAAAAAAGUUGGUGUUUAUCUUCUUAUUCUCCUUGAACCACACACUUUGUGCAAGCGGUGUCAUUGUGUUCUCCGUGUGGGAGGAUGGAUGGCAGGCUGGCUUUGGGAAACAGUGUUGCUGCAGAAGGUUUCACAGUGGGGUAGAGGGGGAGGGAUUGGGGCAGUGUUUGGCAGAGGAUGAGGUGUUGAGCUUCGUUUCAGGUUCAGACAUGCAGACUGAGGCAGACCCUCAUGUUUAAUUGUCUUUUAUUAAACCAUGUAAUUAACAUCCAUGAUGGCUGGUGGCUCGAUCAAAGCUUAUUUUCAUGUUUUUGAGGUCUAGAUAUAGAAACGGGUCCAACCGAACCCUCUGACUCAUGUUGCCUGUGAGGCUAAACAGGUGAGUUUAUGCCAACCUCAGGCUGUGCGCUGCCUCAUGAUCUCUAUCUGACCUCUGUACCUUCAUUAUUUUCCUCCCUUAUCACUUUCAGCAGGCUUUUCCCCAGAAGGUUGCUAAGCCUGGUGGCUGGUACAUAAAUAGACUCCAUUGCUGAAGUCUGAUUAGAGAUAUUAGAGAUAUAAUUAUAAAAUGAGACGACACAAUAUGUUGCAGUAUAAAAAAACUGAUGCAGUCUCUGUGAUGUCAUCUGUUGGUUACCAAAGAGGGUUUUUGAAGCCAAUCCAUAGAGGUCGCCAUAUUGGAAAUGUUGAUUAGAACUAACCUUAGGUCGAUAAAGACGAGGCAAAGAGGUGGGGCUGAGACCUGAAGACUCCUGGCAAACAGCUGCAGCACACCGGCCUGUCAGUCAUACCAGCCACGCCCCUAUUUAUGCCAACACAUAAUUACUUUGGCUGAAAAAACUGUAAUCUUUGGUUUUAAUAUCUUCCAGAUGGAUGAAAUAUUAAAAAACUCUCAACCCCUGUACCAUAUGUUAAAAAUAGAGACAUGUGCUGUUUGGACCAGGCUGUACUCAUAGACUGUGUAUUGAAUGGACGCUGUCUGCCUCCUCGCUGGGUGAAGCCACUCCGAGUGCAGCAUUCUCUACUGAUGGGCUGUAUAGGUGAUAAAUCCCACCUCCUCCAGCGAAGCUUAUGGAGCUGUGGACUAACUUUAGAAACUUAUUACACACAACAAAAAUUUUUUUUCUAUCCUGCUUGUGAUGUUGACAUGUAGUUACUUUAAGACUGGUUUGUGCUCAAGGCAAUCACAGCGUCUCUCAGCGACUCUCGCAGAAUUACCAAGAGCUUUUUGGCUUUGAAUCUGUAUACUGGUGGAAGGCGGAACCAAGUUGUCCAUAGUAUAUAAAGUCUAUGGCUGUACCACUUUAAAUUUUGCUUCAAAUUUUGACAUUUUAACAUGGAAGUCAAUGGGGUUCCCUGGCCUUUUCAGCCAACCUCAAGUGGACACUUGAAGAACUGCGGUUUCUUGCACAUAAGUCUCACUUUUUAGUAUUAGGGGUUGAUGCUUGGUUAUGCUGAAGAAGCUAUUUAUUCAUAAUACAUUUUCUCAUAAAAGAUGCAAAAUAAAGUUGUCUUACAAAGAAUUUGUAAAAUCAAAGUUUUUCUACACUUCGAACAACGUUUCUGUUUUUUCUCUGGAAUUAACCGAUUUGUAGAAAUUAUGUGAUGCUUUUAAUGGGCGCUACUUCCUGAACUUAAGGCAGCUCCUUUAUUUCCUGUCUUACGGAUUAAUCCAGGUGUGAUUGAUCAUUGGGACUACUUAGACACACCUGGAUUAAUCAGUUUGUCCAAUAAUACAAGACAGGAUUUAAAGGAGCUGCCUAGUCGUGGAUCGGUGCAUAGAGCCCAUUGAUUAUCUCACAACUGCGUCUUCGUUCUUAUGAGGGCUUCUGUAAGAGGAUAAAAUGGGUUGGCCUAACUGAAACCCCGCAGACAGAGAUUUGAACAAAAACCAUCCAUCCAUCUUUCUGUCACUGUAACACGUUUCCUUCUCACCUCGGUUCUUGCUCUUUAUCUUCUAAACCCCCUCUAUUUUCCUCCCUCUCCUUUGUCUAUCUCUGUAAAACCACCAGAGACCCCUCUGCUGGCCGAGCAUGAGGAGAGAGGAUAAAGAAGAAGGUCUCUGUCAGAUCUUCCUGUCCAGUGACUACUCAAGUAGAAAGGAUUAGUCGUAUUCAGUCCUUCUUUUGCUCUGUCUCGUUAAGCCUGCUGGACUCCAGGACCCAGAGGUGCUCUUGCUCGGGUUAGCGGUGGUUGCACCAAAGAAGCCCUGGGCGUGCUACCCCCACCCAGCAGGGUGGGGUCAGGGUUGUAACAGUCUCCCUGGCUUACAGGAUUUGAGUCUUGUCAUGUGAUGAUGCUAAUCUCCUGAUCAUAAUGGAACUGGAGAUCAGAACUAUCCAUUAGGAAUAUUGUUCAUAUGUGACUACAUUUUCUAUAAGUUUCAAGCACAUAUGUUCAACGUCAUGUAGUCCGUCUGAGAUAAGAAGAUUAAUAUCACUCCUGUUCCUGUCAGUUUAACCUCAAUCUGAGAAUAGGAGACGUAGCUCAGCUGGUUACAAUCAAUUAUACAGUGCUAAAAGCAUAAAUGUAAAAGAAAUCAUAUCGUGAAGUAAAACUUAAGGAGGAGUGGUUUAAUCUUGGAUAUGACCAUGAAACAGGACUACCACAGAGUCUGUUUGACGUCAUGAUGGACCUGCUGGGAUCCCCUUCCCCUCAUCUGACAAGGUAGGCUUCAUAUGUGAGGAUACAUGUGUGGACAUAAAGAGUCUGGUACAUUUCAGGGUCAGGGUUCCUGAAAUGUCCAGCAUGCUUUUCUGAUAAAGUUAAAGGUGACAGUUAUUUUAAACCCAUUUGGUCCCUUUAACAUUAACCUCUCUUUAUCAAGGGAGAUCAAAACAGAAGAAAAUACAGUUCACAUUAGGGCUGGGACGAUAUGCUUUUCUCCCGAUUUGAUUCUUCUACGAUUUUUUCAAUGCUGAUUCAAUUUAAAUUGCGAUUCUAUGAUGUUGUCGAUUUUCUCGAUUUUUAGUCUGAAUUUUUAACAACAGUUAAGCGGUUGAAUGAUUAUGAUUGUCUAGUGAGUUGAAGAAAAAAUCAAUAUUUGAACAAAAAAAAAAUUAUUUAAGAAUUGUAAAACAAAAAAUUGCGAUACUUAGGUGAAUAGAUUUUAUCUCCCACCCCUAGUUCACAUUCGCUUAAAUUUGCACUGAAAGAGAAGUUAUCUAGAAGUCAGUUGUAGAGAUAGAUCGAUGAAUCUGUUGGCUGAUAAAUAGUAUUUUGACAAAAGCGGUAUCAUAUUGGCAUAGACUCUUACAAGGGAUGUCAAAUUUUCUCAGUGAAAGUCCAUUUUUCCAAUCACCAAAGACAGCGUAUGCAAUCAGCUGUUUCAAGACUAAUAUUGGUCGACCACUUGAUUUGUUGAGGGAGCAGAACAUCCAAAGGCUGUUUUUCCAAUUUGGGACUGAGCUUUGAAGAUGGAGAACACAAACACUAUGAAUACAAGAUUAUUCAACAUGUAAACUCAAAGAUCAUUUUGAUUCUGAACCUAAAAAGGGAUAAAAAUGCUCAAAUGUUCCUGUAACACUGAGCCUCUUCCGUCCCAGAAUCUCAAUGUCACGUCUUCUCUUUAAACCGGGUUCUCCUACCUUUUGUAUCUCUGUUUCACUCUUUGUCAAGGUGACAGUGCUGCUCUGAUAAUGUCAGAGGAACGCUGUCCGCCCGCUCCGGACAUCCCAGCUGUCAAGUCACUGUCAGCUCAAACCAAUCUUCACCAUGUCAGCCACGUCCUCAGCCCACAUGAAACACACAAAACACACACAGCUGCUCCCCAGGAAACACGAAGCAACACCGAACUACACAUCAUUUUCUCACAAACCUAAACUGAAUGUACGAUGGGGGGUUGAGUCCUGGGGAACACACUUUGCACACAAACAGGGUGAUUGUUCAUUGUCCUGAAAAAUCUAUAAAAAUCUAUAUUUCUGUACCAGCAUCGUUCAUCACUGCAGAUAAGGAAAAGAUGACUCUGGGUACACUGUCGGGCUGCAGCUACAGGUUCUUGUCCUGCCUGUGUGAGCCUGUGUGCAUUCAAUGACCCGCACCUUUAUUGAACGCAAACUAGAUUUUCCCAUGUGACACAAGAUGUGCUGGAAUGUGCACUAACUCCUGUGUUUACAUGAAAACACAGCGUCAGCCUGCAGCAAGUGCAGCGAACAUGAGGGACUGUCUGUGAAUUUCUUUUGGUUGGACAGUCAUCCGUUGUGCUUUUGAGUGUGUUUGCGUGAAACAAAGAGAUGGUUGGCAGGGUUGUGUUUCUUUCCACUCUUACAGGAAACACACACACACACACACACACCUUUGAGGCUUGAAUUAUCCCUGACAAUUAUCCCUGAAACAGAACAGCUCUGCAGACCUCAGGCAUGUCGAUCUGACAAAGGUUAAACAGCAGAACAACCUUCUGCCUGCAGUCACAGGAUCUUCCUCUGGAUGUUAUGUAAUUGGCACUUUCCCCCCCACCUUAAUACAGUCUCACACCUUCUGUUCACCCUCUGAUUGUGUUUCCUUUCCUCCCCAGCUCAUUCGCCAUGUCUAAGACGGCGGUGAAGAAGCUGCACUGGCGCUCCAAAGUGCAAGACAGCUUCGUCCCUCUGCUGGGCUUGUCAGGUGAGCUGGGAAUCGCCAUCGGUGGAGGAGCAGAUUAUGGAGAGUUUCCAUUCGUCACGUCAGCUCCAGGAGGAAUCCUCACCGUGGGGGAUAUCAUCAUAGAGAUUGGUGGAACUCCAGUUUUAGGGAUGACAUUAGGAGAUGUCCGCGGUGUGCUCAACUCCUGCCCCCAUCCCAUCCGAAUCAAAACUGUGCCACCAGGUAUGACUCAGCACUCUCACAAAUCACACCUCUGUAAAUUAGUCGGCACUUUAUUGUCCUGGUGGGUGUAAAUAAUCUGCAAUCUGUCAAGGAAGGUGCAAACAGACUGCCAGGCCUUUCUUUCAGCUAGGGGCGUUUGUGGAUCGCAACACUUAGUUCUGACUGAGUAAUUUGAUUGAACGAAAGGCAUGACAUGACAUAUUUUUGUAAUAGAAAACAGGUUUUAUUUUAGCUGGAUCAAAUAGACACUCACCCUGUCAGAAAGAGCGGCUUUGUAGCUCAAAAACUCGUCUGUAAAACCCACAUUUCAGCCUCUGCCUGAAACACUUUGUUUGGGGUGUCUUUCUCGUAAUGUAACAUUAGACUCAGCUGUGGGUGUUACUUUUUACACAGCUUUGUAGUCAUGAGAUGACCUGAAAGCCAUUCAAUGCCUACCUAGUCCCUGAUGUAGCCUUUGUAGCAUACAUUAGCUAUUGUUUUAUUAGCCGCGAGGGAAGGUUUUAGAAGAUAGAACAGCUCCGGGUUUCACUAACAGUUGAAGUACAAACCCAGCUCGUACUGGCCUUUGUUUUCAAAGGAGUUAUCAGUGAAGCGGUUAGCAUGAACAGCUCAGAUGUCCCAAAGACAAACUUUGGGAAAAAGAAAACAGCUGUGACUUUCCUCCUCCACAAAGAGCGACAAUAGGAGCAACUUUCUUGGACAAACUGAAUCACCAAAGAAACAGACUUAGCAGCUUCCUGGUGGGCGUGUCUUUAACAAAGGCAUCUAGUGGGUUUAUCCUUUAGUGUGGUCCCAAUAGGAUGGCUGAACUUGAUGUCAGGUGUUUUGGAUUGUCUCAAAACCAGCUGACCAGGAAGGCAAAGAAACACAUCCAGGGAUUACAUUAAGAUCCAUGUUACUCAUUUACAUUACCUAGCUAAAGCUACUGUGCGGACAUUUUGAUACUCAUGAAACAAUGCCUGUGCCUUUUUAUAAAGCAGAUAAGAUCUUGGGAAACAAAUUCUAUCUUUUGAGUUUAUUUCUGACAGUUACAACUUCUACUAGGAGGCAGGUGCCAAAAGAGGGGAUUGACAGCAGCCUCAAGAAACAGCUUUUGUUUAUAGUGGAAAUAUUCACAAUGAGUGAUACCUUUGACUGUCAAAACACAGCAGGGCGAGAUUUUUGUGAAUAAAGCACGACUCAGAGAUGUUAGCUUAGAGACAGGAUGCACCACUUUGACCACAGAGACACAUUAAAAUCACAGAAUCAGACAGUAACUGAUAGGAGCUUUAACCGACACUGAAGUUACACAGCUCAUAGUUGGACAGUGAAGUUUAAUGACUCCUGUGUGUUUCCUAGUAAAAGCCUAGUUUCAGUCACACUGUUAAACUUAGCUUCAUCACCCCUCUGUAGUCUGUAAUGGACUGGCCCGAGGUCUCACUACAAACAAGCAGUUGCUGGAAGAGAGUAGGUGAGUUUUGUUUAGUCUCUUUGCUAAAGAAAUUAAUCAAAGUUAAAAAGAUGUUUGGUGGCUAGUACUGUGGCUGGGACCCUAUAUGUCCUGUUGAUGAAGUUAGGUGCUGUUCUGAGCAUUAUUUGUGGUUAUAGAGUGGCGUUUUGGUUGAGUGUGUGGCUCUCUGUAUUGCUAUCCUGUGGUCGUUACUAAAGUUGGUAUAACUAGAGAAGCAAGCGGUCAACAGGCUGUCUAACUCAAUGUUACAGUGUGCUUGACCCUAACUUAAUUUUACACUGGAAUAUCCCUUUAAUUCCAGUUUCAGUGACACUGUUAAACUUAAUUACCGUAUGUUGUUUAAAGGGCUAUUACACCUGUUAAUGUUACGUAAAAGCAGUCAUGAAUUUAAGGUCUUAUUUAUUAGCAUGGCUGAUUCUUCUAAUCACAAACAUAUUGGUUGCUGAUACUCAGUACACCAGCACUCUCUUUGUGUGCUUAAUUGCCCAUAAUGAUGCAGUCAGUCUUUGAUUGUCUGCCCGACAGUGUGACAGCCAAACUUGUUGAUGUUUUUGAUUGCACUGACUUCACUGGACAACACCCAAACAAUCUGUUACCCUGUUGUCCAAGCUGUCACUCGUCAUAACCACGCUGAGCCCACUCCCACAAGCCAAAUCUGCAGCCUCCAGCACUCUGAUGCCUGAUUUGCACUCGUCAAUUAGUCCGGAUAUGUCAAGGCGAUCGGUCAAUAUUGCGGGUAGGGGGUCAAAAUUGCUGAUGACACAUGACAGGAGUGAGGCGAUAUAGUUGUCUGUCACUAGCGAGGGGUCCUUGAUGUUUAGAUCGGGGGGCUGGGCUAACGGAUGUCUUUGCCAGCUCUGAACAGAGCAGUAUGUCACUGCGGUGUCACCUGACCGCGGCUCCCGAUGGCCUUGCCGGUUAGAUUGAUAGCUGAUUUGGCCGCAGGGGUGUAAAUGGGGACCUUUGCUCCUGUUCUCACUGCAGCGGCUGCUAGAUCUAUUAUCAUUUCUGAAGUCCGCCAGGCUCCUCCCCUGGCAGUUCAGCUGGGUGUAGUGCGGACAGUGAUGGAUGAGCUGAUGCGACCACUUGCUGUACCACACCUCCUCCUACUCCUGCUAGUACAACAACAACUCCCUGUGCUCUGGGCUCAAAUACAGGACACAGGGCUGCAGUCUCCAGAGGCAGGCAGGCGUUUAAAGGUUUUAGCUCUAAUGCUGGCGCUCUGCAGGGAAAAACAACGAGUAUGAUAUGAUGGGUCUAUCUCAUUUCACUCAGUGGAUUCAGCCAGUAAAGCCUCUGUCUGCAGAGCCUUGCAUAAGUACUAACCCACUUUGAACUUCACUAUGUCAGGGAGUUGUGUGUAAUGGCGACACUAAAUAGACCAAAAUUUUGAAGAGUGUGGGAUGGUGACUUGGGAGUAUCAUUCAGAUUUGAAAAAAAGUUUCGGAUGAUUAUGUAUUUGUUUCUUGAAGUAGGAAUACACCUGUAAUGGUGAUAAUUAUCCUUCUUUUCCUGACAGGUGUUAUUGUGCAUAAAAUGAACUUACUGUAACAUUUUGAGUUCAUUGUUGGUUGCCAUAGAUCAUAAAAGAGAGGAGAGAUGAAGAAGAAGUAGCAGACAGUUAGCAAACCAGCUGUAGCAGCUCUCUGAGAGAUGGUUAAGCACUUUUUAUUCUUUCUAAACUAUCCUUUUAACUCUUUUUAUUCAGUUCAGUCAUUUAAGAUCAGCUAAAAUUUCAAAAUAAAAGCAUAGUUUGGCAAUAUAUAUUUUUUAAAGCUCCUACAAGUGUCUUUUAGUUGGUAUCAAUUUUGGCGCCCCCUAAUGACAUAACAGUCUUUGCCCAACUUGUCCUCUACAUGCUUAUAAAGUGUCUUCUAACAAAAACAGCAUCAAAUUUAUCAUUUAUUGUGAUGAUUUUUGGUUGAAAUUUUAGAAUAGACAGGGUUUCAUUAGUUGUCAGCUGACACCUACCCUCUGCUCCUGUUUAAAGCCUUAAAAAUUACAAUUUAAAAAUCAUCAAUCAUAUUGCUGAUGGUAUUCUUUACUUCUGGAAGAAAGAAAAAGGCAUUAUAAUGAAUUUCAGCCUGUUUCACAAAUGUCAAAAAACCCUUAUAGGAGCUUUAAUUCCUCAUGGUAAUUUAAAUCUACACUGAAAUGUGUAUGUGUAUGUAUGUUUAACUUUGAAAUCACAGAUUAAAAUAAGUUGAAAACUAUUUUCAAAUGAAAAUAUGCCCUCACUGCUAGAGCUCAAAACUGAACAAGUGUUUUUUUCAUAUCAUUUUCAGUAAAAAUGUUGUAGUAGACUGAAUAUAAGCACAUUAGUAUGAAGGGUCCAGAUGAAAUGAGACCUAUAUUUCUUGUAAUAGGUAAAAAAAGGAUUUGCAAGCGGGUAAGAAACAUCUACUUAUUGAGUUUGGUCCCAUUUUUUGCUUGCAAUAUCUUUGAAUUAGAUGUUGAACUGGAUUUGUAAAGCAGAUGUUGCUUAUUUAUGUCUGACAUGAUGUUUUUUUUAAAUUUGUACCAUGAUAGGACAAAAACACUCUCCUAGUUUUGAGUUUAUUGCGAUGCAGCUUUGAGUUCUGUGAACUGCCUAACCACAAACAGGUGCAGCCAUUGCCUUCAGCUUAACUUGUGCAUCCAACAGAUGCUGCUUUUAGGUCCGCUUCUCUCUGUGACUCAAAUAGUUAAAAACCCUAAAGUGUCUGUGUGAAUCCUUGAUUGUUACACUGUAAAACGUAGAGGAGUCCAAGUGGGAUGAAGACUUAUGCAAAGCACUGAACCUCUUCUUUGUAGAGCUAUUAACCUUGACAUCCGACUUCCUUAGUGCUUGUCUGGAUUGCACAAUGUACUAGAGAUCAGCUCAUUCAAUUUCCGAGAGCUGAUGUUGAGGUCUAAUAGACUAGAAAAUAGCAGCUGUUUCAUAACGAGAUGAACAAAAGCCCCUCAUAUCUCCCAAAAGGCAGCUGGCUGGAUUCAUUUCCCUUUACGGGCGGCAGCCGUACGCAGUCAGUAAUAUGUACACGCAGUUGACUGGCUCCACUAAUAAAGUUAUAACACUGUGACGUUUUUUUAAUGGUGCACAGCGCACAUCCAGUCUGCUACCGGGCAAAACCACUGGAACAGACGGUGGGGGAAGGGGGUGACAGGGGGCGCACAGUCUGUAAGGGGGGGUUUCGCCAACAGAGCGGUCAUCUGUCAGCGACAACCCGGAGACGCUCUCAGCCAAUCCAUAACAGCCAGUGACCUGUCAUCAGAGGUCGUAAAGCACUCGAAAUGAUAUUAGGAAAUGAAAGAGAGAAAAACCCAGACCGCAUGAUCGACUCCCUCUCCCCUUGGUGACAGCUUCAACUGUUGUGUCUGCAGCAAUUAACCCCGGCAGGUUGUUAUGUAUGCAUGAGGUACUCUGAGAAACACACUUUAUAUUCAGUAUCUGCGAGAAGUGAUAUAGAGAGAUCAGCAAGUGUGAACGUGGAAGUCUUGGUUGUAAAAUGAAAGUGUUAAAUCAAGCCUGGCAGUAAAGAUUAGCACUUAAAGUAAAUUUCAGUCUGCUCUGGACAGGCGACAAACAAAUCUUGGAGUAAAUAUACAUCAUCUGAGUGUUUGUGCUUACUGAGCUGAUUCCUCUAUGUGUGCGUGUCUCUCUCUCUCUCUCUCUCUCUCUCUCUCUCUCUCUCUCUCCCUUCUCACCCUGCCAUGCUUGUACCUUUGCCCUUCCCUCAGGCUCCACAUUGUGCAAGGAUCUCAGGUUGUAUCUGAGUAAGUGCUUCACACCCGGCUCAGUGGACAGCCAACUGCAGCAGGUCAUCAGAGAGAACCUCUACCUCCGAGCCGUACCUUGUGAGUCCCAUUAUGUGCCUCUUUUUGUGCUGUUUUCUCUCUUUCUGUGCUUGUUUUUAUAUCUCAUAGUCUUUUAAGUCUGCUUCGCGCAUUUGCCAUUGUUACCCCUCAUACAAAUUAGCACUGUUUGUUUGUUACUUAGUUAGUUAGUUUGUUUAUUGUCCACAAGUGGAAAUUUGUCUUUAGUCUCAACAGCAACAAGGACAGCAGCAACAGACACAUAACAUAUACACACAAAACAUCUUGGCAGCAAAAGAGGGAGGACAACAGUGUCAUAUACUGUACAUACCAGGCAAUUUAAUGAGACAUAGGCCUACUAUCAUUCAGUGCCCUGAUGGCGUUAGGAAUUAAUGAGUUUUUGAAGAGGUUACGAUUUGCCUUAGAACACGCCUGCUGAACGAAGUAUAACGAACUCACUGUACAGUAGGUGAGAAGGAUUGUUUACCAUCUUAACAGCUUUUUUCCUCAUCACUUCCUCGUAGAUACAGCUGAAGUGUUUCUGUGACUUCCCUAUGAUUUAAGAUUAAAGCUAGAUUCACUUUUUUCUGCAGCUUACAUCUGCCUUUUGUGUUUAGAUUACCAUACCAUGUUUUUUUUAAUCUUGAAUUUAAGCUUACAAAAACUGGUUUCAAUUAAACCAUUUUAUAUAAAAAUCACAGUUUUUCCAAUAUUCAGCUAGCCUAGUUUGUUUUUAUUAGGGCGACCAUAUUCUGACUUCCCAAAAAGAGGACAUGACUGCAUGGGGGCGGAGUCACGGAGUCACACAUAGUAAAUUUUGAGAGUUUUUUCAGGUCGGAUUGAGUGUCUUUCACGUGCUUCUAACUCAGUAAGUCUAUGUGACACAAAAUCGAAACUUAAGUACAAAACCGCGGACAUUUGAAGGAUUUUAUAAACUUCCCUGGAAAAACCCGGACUGCCCAAAAAAGAGGACAUGUCUGGGUAAAAGAGGACGUACGGUCAUCCUAUUUGAAUGUGCUUGGUUAGUUUUAUGGUUCGUAUUCUUGUUGUAUUUUGAGCCAGAAAAGUGGUAGCAGAGAGAUGAAAGGAUCCCCUCUAAAAAAUGUACAGUAUGUUUUCUAUUUAUUGCACAGUUAAUAGAAAAAGUAAGCUACUCAGUGCAAAUUUAAACAUAAGUUUGAAGUGCUAUACACACAAUAUCCGAACAUUUUCUGGCUGAUUUCAGAAAGUAAGAAUUUCUACGUCCAUUUCAAAAGCGAUAAAAAUUCCUUCACAGGAGCUUUAAGCAUGCAGGAUUUAUGGCCUAUUCUGAAGCUAGCCAGCAGGGGGAGCUCUUGGUCUUUUGCUUUCAGGACCAGGGAAAACUCACCGGAUUUGUAUUAAAGGUCCUAUAUUUUGAAAAAUCCACUUUUUGGUGGUUUUCUACCAAUAAUAUGCAUUCCCUCGAAGCCGACAACCCCUGCCGACAUAAAAACAUUUCACUCUCUCCCUCUCUUGUUUUCCCCUCCUCUCUGAAAACAUGAGCGCAAACGAGUCGAGUCAAAUACUUGCUGACAUUUACAAGAGGAUACAGCAGGAUAAAGUCGCAUACAAAAUUUGUUUGUUUAUGUUUGCACACGUCGUAAUUUGAGAAAUUUUCCAGAGUGCUGUGCAUGUGUAAAAGCAGAAAGUGGUUAAAGCAGGACCCAAAGAGGGAUCUAAAAAUCUCUAUUAACCUUGCUCAAUUUAAUCUAUCCAGGCACAUCUCUCAGAAGUUACUGACCUCAUUAAUUCUCUGAUAGCACACCUCAUCGUUUCUACCAUGCGAGUAUCUUGGUGUUAAUUGGCGUUUAAGCCCGCGGAGCUGUUUCCCACACUUCCUUGUGUCGAUGUAUGCAAGAAGACGAGAGAUAAUUCGAUGAAGUAAUGAAAGAACACAUUAUCAAACCUUUUCUUAAAUCUUAAAUUGGGUUUGAGUCGAACAGAAAAAGCCACAGGUGUAGUCGGAUCGGAUAAUUGCGUUUCCAAAAGGCUGGAUUUGUCUUCGGGGGACGGUUUUUUAAACAAUCCUCACCUCUUUCGCUCGAGGCUGCUCCUUUUGUUUGGGUGGCUCUGUGUGACGGUUGCUAUAUUUGACAGGUUUUAUUUUACUCGUACAGUUGUUGCAUGAUCCCCUGAAAAAGAGGCCUGUUCCAUUUUCAUGCUUAAGUACAAAAUCAGGCACAAUGGCAGCCAAACGCAGCUAGUUGUAGUACAUCUGUUGCCAUCUUAAUCCUGUAUAAUAUGACGUCACCGGGGGGAAAAAAAGCUGGAGGGUAGUGCAGCCGGGCAGGCUUUUCUGAGAAAGAUCUGUGCGUUUUUUUAUGUAAUAUUCUGAUUUUUGUGUGUCACUUCUGCUUUUUUUCCUCACUCAGGUGGUUGUAUAGUAGAGAUAGUGGCCCACCUAGUGUGUCUGUAGUCUUAACCUUGACGUAGUGGUGUGGGCUCGCUGCUAAUCUCUCCUUUAGUCCAGGAAGUAGGUCAUGUGGGACAGUCUGCCAGCACUGCCCACUCGCUGACAGGACAAGGCACAGGUCAAAACUCCCAGGACGGUGCGAGGAAGAAAAAAGCCAUCCCUCUUAGCACACGACAUGCAUAUUCAUAUUAGAGUAUAAUUACAGUUUUAUUCAAAUCAAGCUCUCUCAUUACUUAGCCAUGCGUGCGUGCAUCCUGCUUCAUCUACGAGCAGCAGCUGCUCAGGGAGUGAUUGCCUAAAUAAACAGUUAUGCUUUUAGCCGUCUCGGUAAGUGGAUUUAGAGAAUGGGGUGGAUAAAAGAGGCUUGUCAUGUUGAAAAUUAGAUAAGUCAGGAGUUUAACGUUUGAUCAGGGGUGUUUGAAGACACAGAAUAUCACUACCGGUCAGUGACAUGCGUCGUCGUGAAUGUGGUGUCAAACUUUGGACUCGACUUCCAAUCUCGCAGUGCUUUCUUAUAGUAAGAGUGACAACAAGACAGGCUCAGCCCCCGGGUGUGUAAUCCUCUGAUCUGCUGGAGACGGCCCAGUAAGAUGCUGUUGUUCUCAUGCCGACACAAACACUCGCACGCUGUCCUGAUCCCUGAAGAUGGCUUGGAAGCAAUCACGUCUCGUGUCAAAGCAGUCGUAGAUAUUAAGACGGAUAUAUUCUCUCUUUUUUUUUUGUUGUUGUUUUUGUUUUUUUCUACGAGGUGGCAGCAGCGCUUGAUAAAUCAGGAGCUCAAAGCUGUGGAGGUUUUUCAUCUGUGGCUCUUUGUGGCCCCCUUCAGACCACAUGUAUGUUCCUCCUGAUUCAGGAGACUCUUUGCUGUGUGUUUUUUUUCCCCUCUGUGAUUAACACUUUAAGUCGAGUGAGAUUCAGAUUAAUCUGUCUCUGUAGGCUAGUUUAAGUGUUUAAAUGUUCCUUACUGUACAGAAGCAGAAUAGUCUGAAUAAGCUUCAGUUUGUCUGUUUGUUUUUGAUGCUAUUUUCUCCGCUAAAACUGUGUCUCCGUGUGUUUGUGCUAUUUAGAGAGUAUCACAGUCGUCGAGUCCUUUGAUGAGACAAUGCGCUGUGAUGUUUGAGUUGGCACCGGUGCAAGAAAUGAUAUUACAAAGGCUCAGUCAGGGGGGCAGUGCAUAAAAAUGGAUAUACUACUAUAUCAAUAAUCCAGCAGGGGGGAAUAAAAUUAAAAGCAAAAGUGGAGGAGGGGGAGGACUGCUGUUUAAUCGUGUGUGUGCUCAUAUUGAAGCUGACAGGAUGCUCACUGUGAAGCCUCAGGGGGGCAGGUAAACGUAUAUACUCUACUUUCAAUCGAGUAAAACAAACUCUUUCUUUCUCAUUCUUGAGUUUUUUGCGCUCAGGUUUCUCGCAGGCCUCUCGUAACCCUCCAGAACUUUCCCAUCCUUUUUCAUUUGAUCACCAGAAAAAAAAACCCAUUUGUAUCAUAUGCCCUUGAAUGAUUCACUUCCAGUGUCUUUGCCUAAAGGCCGGCUCCGUUUCCGUCCCCGCCACAAAAGACUUUUCUAAUUGUCUUCAGAGUGAGUCAGAGAUAAGAAACAUCAUCAUUUAGUUUUUCUAAUUCGCUCGCUCCAGCUUCGUCACAGCGCUGAUCGUCUGUGGCCUUUUCAACUGUAGGAUUCAUUGUUCGCCGUUUGUGUGUGAUGAUCUUGACAGACGACUCUCUCUCUCCCUCUUUUUCUCUCUCUCUCUCUCUCUUUUGGUGUUGAUACUGUAUUCUGUGUAAUUAUCUCUUCAGUUUUUAAAUCACCCUUUCUCCCGUGGGAUUGGCGCCUACAGGGAAAGGCGUGGAGAAGGAAGAAGAUGUCAAUAAUCCAUCCUGUCCCCCCUCCCGCUGACAUGUCAUAUAUAUUUCCUGGGAGGGUGCAUAGAUAAUGAAUCCCUGCUUUGCACCAUUUCAGCUGCAGAGAUAAUGUGUGUCCUGAGGGGAGGGAAAGGCUUACACAUGUCAGGUGUCACCUGCAGAUUUGACAUCCAAUGUCUAAUUACACAUUUGCUCAAAAUGGGUGCAGAAUUUUUUUUUUUAGCAUUAAAAAAGUGCAAACACAACACUUGAAAUAUAGACGAAUAGAUCAGGCCAAUCAUAUCAUGUAAGCAUCAGAAAGUAGAAAGCACUAUCUCCUUUUAUCCCAUCCAAGUGACGAUGAAACCGACGCAGAAGUGCUAAAAAAUGCAGUUCUCCUGUCAGAAACAAUCGCAACUGAACCGAAUUCAAGUCAGUUUCCUUUGUUGGCGUUUCUGAUCGUACUUUCAGCUCAUUUUUUGUGUCAUUUGUCCUUGUAGAAGCUUGUAAACGGCGUCAUUGCUUCUGCUUGUUAGGGGUGGGAGAAAAAAUCGAGGUAACACUUUACAAUAACCAUGAUUAAUAAAUGGUAAAUAGAUAGUUUAUUAAAGUUUAAUCAUCAUUUUAAAACAGCACAUAGACCAAUUAUAUGGUUAUGGUUUAUAUAGGGUUUAAAUAUUGGUUUUAUAACAUCUAGAUUAAAAUGUGUCAGUAGCACUUUGUAAAUGUUUAAUAUUUGUUUUUUAAACCAUCUAUAAACUUUACUUAGAUGGUUAUUGUAAAGUUAGGGUUAGGUUUGCAAAAUUGUAAAAUUUACAAUUUAUUAAUGGUCUAUAUGCUAUUUAUAAAUGAUGAUUAAACAUUAAUAAACUAUCUGCUUACCAUUUAUAAAUGGUCUAUUUAUUAUUUGAGUUAUAGUUAUUGUAAAGUGUUACCAAAAUCGAUACAACAUAGUAUCGCGAUAUUUUGCCUGGUGAUAUAUUGUAUCGUCUCAUUGACCAGGUAUCGAUUUUUGAAAUUGAUUGCUGAUAUGAAGUCAAAUCUAUGAUAAUGGAAAAAAUAAAAUCAACUGUUUGUCCAGUGAGGUUGGCAGAGGUGACAUAAUAGAGCAGGAGAAAGUUAGUGCAACCAAAAUAUAUAUAUAAGGAUUGCAAGAUGUGCUACAUGAAACUAAAAAACAGCAUAAAUAAGACAAAGGAAUGCCAAAUGCUAAAUUAGCUAAACAGUUGAAAAAAUCAGAUAAAUUGCAAUAUAUUGUAUUGCAAUACUCACUGACUUGCAAAAUGUUAAAAAAAUUGCAAAAAUAAUGUAUCAUGGCCCAAGUAUCGUGAUAAUAUCGUAUCGUGGGGCCACUGGUGAAAAAAAAAAAAUUACUAUAAGUGGGAAAAAUUUCCAGCACCAGAUGAGAAUUGAAAGCCUCACAUCUCGGAUGAUCUGAUCUGAGCAAAUACUGUGAGGUAUCUCUGUUUUAAAGAGGAGGGCUUUCUUCUGAACCAAUGUGUAAAAAUAGAAAACACUUUAUGUGAGUUACAGUAUAAGUCGAGAGAAGUGGUGCAAGCUCUAAUCACAGUCAUUUACACCAGGUCUAAAGAAGACCAGACACUUUCCUAACAUGCUAGGAAGUGGGGUCAGACUGAUUUUUUCCCCUUAAAACCACAAACAAUAACAAGGAAAAACUAAACCACAGCAGGCCGAUCGAUUAUUUAGUAAAUCAGGUGAAAUAUUUCCUGUGAUGAUGUGUUUCAUUAGUCGUUUUUUAAAGCAGAAAAUGUCUCAUAUUCGGUUUGUCAGCUUCAAGCAAAAUUAAAAUGCUAAUUUUUCACCGCCGUCUCGUUUCUGUGAUUCAGAAACACACACUCGGAUAUAACCUCUAACUCAGCGUGAACCUUUUCAUGUAGGGCUUGACCCCAGUUUUUCUGUGGCUUUCAAAUGAGAAGAAAUAAUCAGAGCGCAGACGGAGUUUGCUCAACAAAAAUCCUGCUUUAAUCAGAGGCCAGUGCUUCAUCCCCUGCAGACUCAUGCUGUACAUUAAACACUCUCUGUACUACAGAGAGGAGAGGUCAGCCUGUAUGUGAGGUCUCAUGCUUUCUAACGUUUGUGCUGCUGAUUCUUUAUGUCUGUGUGUGAAUGUGUGUUUGCACGCUUUUAUUUUUGCGCCGUCCUGUGUGCGUGUCAUUGUGGCUGCCAGAGCCGCUCCUGGGACAGCAGUGCAUUAAUCAUGGUUUUUAUAGGGUAUCUGGGUGUGACUCCCUCCUGCCGGCUCCUCACUGACAUCACAUGAGGUCCUAGAGGAGGAGGACACAGAUUCGUCCUUAGUUUGAGCUCGGUGUGAGUCUGUCUUGGGAAAAAAACGGCUUUUCUCAAGGUCAGACUGUGUGUGUCGACGCUUAAUCAGUCCUGUGAAGAUGUGAAAUAUUUCACACCACAUGCCCGCACAUGUAUUUAAUGGUUUUCAUCUGCGACUCCGCGAUGGUGCGACGCUUUUUCCUGCUGUGGUUUUGGACCCGCGGCUUCCAUCCAGGCCAAGGUCAAUGCGAAUCAAUUAUGAUGGCACACAAUUGAUCACCCCAGCGCUUCAUCUUUGCAACGGUGAUAGAAAGACUUAAAGACUUUCACAGUGGCUCAUUAAUGAUUAAUUCUGCUCGCAUUGAUCCGUUCAUAAUAAAGCAGGCUUGGUAAAUGGCUGCCGUCAUCACUGUGCUCUUCAAACCGAAGGCCGGAUUGGAGUUUGUAGGAGGAUGCUCUGUAGCUCCGGGGCUGAAUGAACAUCAAAAUGCCUUCAAUAAACGGGUCGUGUUACUUUGUGCUCCAAUUAAAUGUUUGCUCUUAUUUCUAAGAUUGUUUGAGCUUUAAUUGGAGUUAGACUAAAUCCAUGACUUGCUGCCUUUUGUUUGUUGUUGUUAAUUUGUCAAACUAAUGAAACGUGAAGAGUACUUAUUUGCUGAAUUGUUGUCCUGUCCCACUUAGAUUAAUGACCUCUGAUGGCAUGGGAAGGUCUUGAUUAAUUGACGUAUCAUCUACAUUAAAGCCGUCAUAGACUUUCUGUCAUUGUCUCUCACCCCUCUCUCUCUCUCUCUCUUAGGUACAACCAGACAGCCCAGAGACGGUGAAAUCUCAGGUGUAGACUACAACUUUGUCUCCAUCGAAGAGUUCUUCUCCUUGGAGGAGUCGGGAGUGCUGCUCGAGAGCGGAAAGUUCAAAGGUGAGGUUAUAACUCAUUCGACCUUUUUCAAUUAUAGCUGCGUUUCCACCAAAGGAAACUCCCAGAGGAAUAUUGAACCUUUGGUGGAACUUGGCAUUUCUGCAACACAGAGUUCAAGGUCUAAUUUGCUUCCUCGGGAAUACUCCCAGUAUUUUCUUUCCCUUAACUUUUUCUUUGGAGGACUAGGAUGCUUUCUCAGCACAGGAACUGGAGUCUAAUUUCUGCGGAUAUCAUUUUAACCCCACAAGAAAAAAAAAAAAAAAACCCAGAAAAAAGCACAGUGGCUUAAGGAGAAGGAUGAGCAGUUUGAAGCAUUUCUGACGGGAUGAGAUAUGAUGGGAUGAAGAAAUUUAAAUCCUCGGUCCCAGAUAGAUUGCAUGGCUUUUUACCGGUGCUAAUUAAACAAGAAAACACUGUCUGAUUUAUAAAAAAUGUGCACAACCUGUGGACAUAAUUUGAACCCCCAAAAAUGCAAAACAUCGUAGUUGGUUGGUUACAUGCAGCAGUUAACUUCAAGCUUUUUUAUACGGUGGAACUUUGCUGCUGCUCCGGAGAACAGAUGAGGGUCAUAUAACAAUUUAGAGGCAUUUUUGACCCCCCAAAAUUCUCAAAGCUAUUAUUUCUGAUAAGUUAUGAAUCCAGCACUUUGUCAAAGACUUAAUAUAGUCUAAUCUGUUGUGAACCUGUCUUAAAACUGCAUCGUAACACUUAGUUAGACACCCCAUCGCGAGAUGAAUGAAUGCAAAGAGACUAAACAUAACUCAUCUACUCUCUUCCAGCAGCCGCUUGUUUGUAGCGAGACCUCAGGCGAGUCCAUCGACUGCAGCGGGGUUACGCAGCUCAAGGAAGAACAUUUAUGAUCAUUUCUUUAUCAUUUCCUUGAGGUAAUAAUCAUCAUAUUAAUCAUUUUACACUGCAGAUGCGGUAGUUCUUCUGCCUUAGCGUCUCGGUCUGAUUGCAUGAAGAAAUGAUCAUAAAUGUUCUUCCUUGAGCUGCGUCACCCCGCUGCAGUCGAUGGACUCGCCUGAGGUCUCGCUACAAACAAGCGGCUGCUGGAAGAGAGUAGGUGAGUUGUGUUUAGUCUCUUUGCUGAAGAAAUCUGGCAAAGUUAAAAGGCCUGAUUCUAAUUUGGGUUCAAACGUGACUCAAUUGUCCUGAUAACUUAAUGUAACUGGUUUACUUUUAAAAGAGGUAACUAAUUUGUUGACCAAACUCGAGGACCAUUGUUCCUGCCUGAUCUACAUUCAUUGAGUUUACUCCUAAUCCAGAGCAUUGACUUUUGUGUGUCAUGAUAAAUGAGCUUUACAAAGCCCAUAACAGGACGGCCACCCUCACAUGCAUAUUAAUGCCGUCAGGUGGUAUUUAACCCUUCAGACUCCUCCUCCUCCAGUAAGGGUCAGUGUGCCGCAAUGUGAUCAAGAGUCCUCCAUACAUUAGCAUCCAUAAUUUAGUAGAGUUUUAAUGGCGGCUAUGAAUGUCAUCCCCACUUGCCUUAUGUGUGACAUUGACGGACACAUCACUGCAGCAUAGCAAUCCGAGGUUUCUGCAGCAUUGUCCCCACAGUCCCCUGCAGGACGGCGGGAAAAAAAAUGGUGACGGCUGGUGACCUUGUUGUUGGGUUCACUAAUCUAAUGUUCCCCCUCAACCUAUUUUGGAUCUCCAUGAGCCAAAUGGAGGAGGAGCAGAGGUAAUUUAAUUUGUUCUUUAGCAGCUGGAGCAGAUGGUUAGGAAGGAUUGAGAAUAUAGAAUAUAUAGAUCAUCCCUCUAUAUAAUGCGCAAACACUCAUACAGAUAUCAAACAGCAUAUUCAACAGCUGAAAUCUAAAUAGAUGGAUUUUUAUUUUCAUUUGGAAACAGACUUUACCGCAUCUCAUUACCCUUAAAUUUAUGCUGAUGGAUUUUAUUAGUGACUCGGACAUUCAUUUCUUUUCUUUUUUUAUUUUUUCAAGGAAAUGCACGGCUCACUUGGUGCAUUUAAUUAUUACUGCAGACGAUUAUAUAACAAUCCUAUUAUUCUAACUUGAGUUUGAAUCAUUCCUCUUGUCAAAACAGGUAUGUAGUCUGUCUUUUCAGGUUUUAGGGGGUGAUUUUUAUUUAAACAAGGAACAAAAGGACACAUGUAUUCACAAAAAAACUGCAAAAAACAGAUUCAAAUAAAAAAAAAAAAUGUCUUGUUAAUAUGUAAUUUUUAUCUCUGACGCCUUGUUUUUACCAUCAUAAACAUUUCAUCAGUUAUAUCUUCAUGCACUCUCAUUUUUAAGUGCCGGUCUCUUGUCCUUCUCUCCGUCAGGGAAUUACUACGGCACACCUCGGCCUGUGCACAUCAGCCCAGAAAGCCCCCCCAUCACCUACCAGGAGCACCGCAACCUGCUCCGAAACUUCCGCACACGCAGCAAAUCGCUCAGCAACCUGGAGAAGGCUGCAGAGGAGGGCGAGAACAGCGAGGAGGACUCGGGCCUGUCAGGCGAGUAUCAAUACAACGACGAGAACACUAAUGUAAACCUGAAGGAGAUGUGAAGAGCUGUUCGACUGCUGACAGUAUCAUAAGAGGAGUAUUGUUGUUUUACAGAUAUCGACAGUCCAACACGUCUGAUAAGCUCUGCACAGCAGCCCGCAGCUAAAUACCGCAUUGUCCCCUCUAUCUAUAGCUUCAGUCUCUGAUACCCAAAUGAAUCAAUCAUCUGCGCGAUUAGUAUGCUCGAAACUCUCAGAGGCGCUGUGGCCUCAUUGAUUUCUGGACCGCCUCCAAAGGAAGGUCAGACUGCGCGGGGUCGAGCAGACGAGGGGGUAAGCAGAGAGGCGAGGAUGCACACAUGGAGGUCAUGUAAAGAGGAAGUUGGAAGGGAGAAGUAAAUUAGGUUACGCCAAUAAGCAGCACAUGACUUGUUUUUCUGUAAUUGGAAUAAAGUUUAUUAUUGAUUGAAAGCAGGUAACUGUUAAGAAAGCUGGUCUGUGUCGUUUGCAUAUUGAUGCUUUUAUUAGAUAUACAAAAGCAAAAAAGAUAAUCAGAAACAAGACAGACUGCUUUAAAAUUGUGACUUUUUUCCAAUUUACACAAAAUAUUUACAAGAAAUAACACAUUUGACUGUCAGAAGGAGGCAGCAAGAUUACAUUUGAUGAAACUUUUAUGAGACUUAAAGCUCCUGUGAGUUUUUUUACAUUCAUGAAAUAGGCUAAAAUUCAUAUUGAUGCUUUUUUAUGAUAUACAAAAGCAAUGAGGAUCAUCAAAAACAAGACGGACUGCUUUAAAAUUGUGACUUUUUUCCAAUUUACACAAAAUAUUCAUAAGAAAUAACAUAUUUGACUGUCAGAAGGAGGCAGCAGGAUUACAUUUUAUCCUGUUUAAGCAUGUAGAGGAAAAGAAAAGCGAAGACUGCUUUGUCCACAGGGGGGCGCCAGAAUAGACACCAACUGAAAGUUCCUCACUGGAGCUUUAAAAAAAAGCCAAUGUAUGACAGACGAUAUAAUGAAAUGUCUGUUUACUGAUGCCUCUAAUUACUCAAAAUGUUGAUUCAUUUCAAGACUUUACAACCAAGACUUUUCGAAGCGUCAUCUGCGCUCAAAUAUGAAUGUGGUGAGUUUGAGAGUUAAAGAAAUGAGGCGACAACAAACUCGAAAACCACAGGAGAAGUUUGAGAUGAGACAGUGAGAGAAAGGCAGCAACACAGAGUAGUGGUGGCAGUGCAUGCAGAUAGGGGGGGCUGAGGUUUUGCAAAGGUGGAGGCAGGGAGCCAGAGUGGUACACGAGAUAAGAGCGGAAAUGUGUGGGAGGGUGUAAACGCAGGCAGAGGUCCAGAUAGUUAGAGACGUGCUCCAAACAGGCAGGUAGGGCAGCAGGCAGCCUGCACCAGGAGGGGGAUUUAAAUGCAGGAUGCAGACCAGAUGAAGUUUGAGAGAGCCAUCCAACACCCUGACCUUUGCUGAGUCAUCUUCUGAAGUGAUACUGCGUGGGUGGAGGGCUUCGGCAGCACUUGUCGUGUGCGGCAGGACUCGGGACGCCUCUUGUGGUGUUCGACAUCUCUCAGAUCCACGCUGGAGCUCACAGCUGAAGGACAGCUCCAAGGACAGCUCGGCAUAAAAUAUGCUUAUUUUUCGAGUGCUGGUGGAGUGGCACGCAUGGUGACAUGCUCAGCCUCCUUAGAGAGACGACCGAGAUGCUGACCUCAGUCCUUUUUUCCCUGACAGCCCCUCAGUGGAAUUGCCACCAUCAGGUCCUUAAGGAUUGCAGGAGAAACUUUCUCACCUUCUGCCGCGGGUAAAUAAUGACUCCCCUGUCCAAUUUAGAUUUCUCACUCUCUCUCUUGUCACUUUAAUUACAGGAGGCUCUGCAGGCGUCAGCAACUCGGCCCCACACAGACACAGAUCCCCUCGGCGGCCCAGGACGUCCAGCGGCGGGGAUGGACGAGUCGUAGAGAACGGGAUCAUCGGGGGCAGGAGCAACGCCAGGGUGAGACGUGCGAUGCCUGAUCACUGGGAGCUGGCCUUCAGUGACCCAGGAGAGUCGCACUAUGUGGAGUGAGUGUCUGCCUCGCCUUGAUACCUUCUCUUUUACUACAUGAGAGAGGUCAUCUCGCCCUCUCAUCCAAGUCAACCAUGUGAAUGUGUUCGUUGAAUUGCUCUGACUUAAAUGCAGCUUCUUCUUCUUCUUCUUCUUUUAUGCGAACUUGUCAUGACUGUCACUGGCAGGCGUCUCUGUUUCUGAGUGCAUUGAAAUCCAGCGCUGUCAUAUCCACUACUAUUAUGUUUCUGAAGUGGCAGGCUUUUCAUUCGCUUUCCCCCCUUUGUGUUUCCAAGACGCAACCCAAAGAGGACCAGCUGGCAGAGUGCUCGAGCGUCAAGCCGGGAGACCGUCUACAAAAACGAAUGUGAGCCUCUUUUGUUUGUUUCUUUCUUUUCCCCCCCGUCUCCUCUCUCUCUCUCUUUUUCUCUGGAUGCAAUUAUUUCAACACCGCUGACACAUUUAACCGUUCAAGGGCCUAAAUGAAGCUUCAUAUUUGUCAAGAACGGAGGUACGAGACAGAGGCAGCUUGUUAGCGUCAAAUGAGAUGGAAUGAGCUUUUAGCCGAACAGAGACAUGUAAGUGAUUAAGGCCUAAAGCUUGGAGCUGCUGGCGAGGAGCCAGACGCACUGCUGAGGCAGCCGGGGUCGACACGUGGACGGCACGUGACCCGCCAACUUAAUUUCAUAAUUUGGUCACAUGAUUCGCAGUUAAAAGAACAAGAGCGCAAUCUAGUUUUGAAGUCUGCAUGACAGAGCUGGUUGCAAACUGCUUGAAACACAUCUAUUUGAAAGCCCCCAGCUCCUGUCAGUGAGACGCAGUACAUGUCUCUCACCAGCAGGCGGCGAUCUAAACUCCAGUUUGGCCUCAUUUACCUGCAAGAGGAAGGAUUUCUGCAAAAUCUGAAACUAAGAUAGAUAGAUAGAUAUACUUUAUUGAUCCCAAACUGGGAAAUUCUCUUGUUACAGCAGCAAAAAACACAAAAUAAAAUUAAAUAUAAGAAGAAGUAAGUACAAUGCAGACUAAAAAUACUUGAAAUACUAAAUAUAUACAAUAAAUACAGACAAUCUCAACAUCCUAAGAGAAAAAAGUGAGAUAUGAAAAAUGAAAUGAGUAUUAAAUAUGAAAUGCAGAAUAUACAGAUGUAAUGAUAAAUAAACAGACAAUUUAAGGUGCUCAGUAAUGUGAUGUGGUAGGAGUUUUUAAAAAUGGACUAUACAGCAGACAGAUGUGAGUCCCUGUCUGACAGAUGUUAGUUAUUAAACAGUGCAAUAGCUUGUGGCAGGAAAGAUUUCCUGUAUCUGUCCCUUCGACGGCGGAGCUGCAACAGUCUGUUGGAGAAGGAGCUCCGCUGUCUGUCCAGAGUGAGGUGGAGAGGGCGGUCAGGGUUAUCCAUGAUGGAUAACAGUUUGGUCAGUGUCCUCCUCCUCUAAGGGGGUCUAAACUAAGUAUUUGGAAGUUUGCACAUUUAUGCAUUUUGGAAUGAUUUACAAACUGAGUGCUAUAGCAGAAGUUCAAGUCAGAAUUGAUUUUAAUUGAUCUAUUUUUUAAAGAUUUUCAGAUACAAAGUAAAAGCAAUUAAGAAGGCAGAGUUUUCAAAACAGAUAGACACAGUUUUGAUGCAACAUUUCCACCAAAAGCUCUAGAGAUUGUGUGCAGAUCUACUUCUAUAUAAUCUGGAAAUCAAUUUGCACUACUCUAACCUCAUUUUAACCCCCCAAACCAAUUAGCUCUAACUGUUUAAUCUAAAAGAACAGGUCUGAAAUGGUCAUUUUCUCAUCUUCUUCCCGUCUGUUUGUGCUUCUGUCACAUCCAGGGUUCACAGACCUGCCCGGGGAGCUCAGAGGCUUCCCUGUGCACACACACAUCACCAAGGGCUCCAGAGGGUUCGGCUUCAAUAUCGUCGGAGGAAGCAGGCCGAGAGAGUUUCUCCAGGUGUACAGCGUGACUUCGAGUGGACCCUCAGCGCUCAAGACAGGUAUAUUUAUCGUGAACGUGAGGCGAUUACUGAAUGUGAAAGCUAGCUGACGUGUUUGCGACAUCAAAAGGUGGGAUUUUAAAGGACAGAGAGGCCGUACUUACCAGGAUAUUAAUAGAAACAGUACAAGACUUUCCAUAACUCCACAGUGAGAGCUGCAGCUACGGACAUCUUGCAAAACAUUUUUAAUCAGCUGUGUGUUUUAACAUCUUAUCUCCAGUUUUCCGUCUCCGCUCUCUGGGAUUAUACUCCUGUCAUUUUCUGAUCUCCGACAGCAACUCUAUAUCACAAUCAGUCCCUAAUCCUCAGGGCCAGCACGCCAUAAUCAAGCUAUCAUAACACGUGCAUAUGCAACGGUACGCGUCCGCACUCACACGCACACGCACACACACACUCACAAAUACCCGGGCAGGCUGAUAUUACCACUUUAUCAACCUCAUGCACAGGCUGUCUCUGCAGGGACUGAUCUAGUUCAUAUCUGCUAAUAGGCUGGUUUAGAGGGAUUUGUUGGUUGGAUUAGUCACCGCCCACACAAAACACAUGAUUGUGUUUCAUUUGCAAACUACACUCGUCUGCACACUGCAUUUGAAACGGUCGAUAGAGUUGAAGCAGACACAUACAAAUAUACAUUUCACCAAAGUAAAAACUGCAGUUAUGUCUUAAAUUGAAAGGUGUCAAGUUUUAGCAGCUGGACUCUUCUUCUACUGAGUUAUGGUGUUUUAGGUUUGUGUUUGGCUUUGUUUUGCUGAUUUAGACAAGGUUUUCUCUGGAAAAGAAGUGUUGUUGGGAUGUCAGUAUAUGUUAGAGAAGAGUAUAAAGAAGUGCUGAUAACAUUCAGGUGUUAUUUCUCUUCUUUAGAGUGGCGAACACCACGUCCAUGAUUCCUUAAAAGAAGGUCAGGGUUUAAUUUGGUAGACAAUAUUUAGCUUCAUCUCAGUCCUUCUUAAAGGAGCCCAGAUAUAUUGCUAUAAUCUCUGGAUUAAUAGCUUCCUGUUUGUGGUUUGAAUGUGUAUUUAUGAAUACAGCAAGAAACUGUGUUCACAUACAAUGGGUUUUUGAGAGUACUACAGCGUCAUGUCUAAUUUUUACUCAGUGUCACCUGAAGACCGUAAGGUCGCAGCAAUCCUGUGAUAGUUUUGGGCCUCAACCUUUUUUACAGAGAAGUUUCUGCAGAUUCUCUGAUUUUUUAAAACAUGAUCACAUCACCCCAGUUCUGGCAUCCCUUCAUUGGCUUCCCGUUCAUUUUAAAAUUUUAUUUUUUGUUUUUAAAUCUUUGGACGGAUCAGCACCACCAUACAUCUCUGACCUCUUAAAUGUUUAUACUCCCUUCAACUCGUUGUCCCUAAAACACGUUUGAAAACCUGUGGUGACCGAGCUUUCUUGGCUCCCAAAUCGUGGAACGAAUUGCCACUCCAGAUCAAAACAUCCCCUAGUUUUUCAUUUAUUUUAUUUCAUUUUAAAUGUUUUUUUUUUUUUACCUGCUUUUAUUUAUUUCCUUGUGAUGUUUUCUGUAGUCUUUGUUCUUUUAAAUUGUACUGUGCAGCACUUUGGCAAACUUGAAUGUUUUUAAAAUAUGCCAAAUAAAUAAAACAGAUUGGAUUUUUUUACUAAUAUUAUAAGUUUUAGACUACAGGAGGAUUUUCCCACUUUUUUCUUUGUUUUUUUUUAUUUUAAGCUGAAAAGUAUGACUGAAAGUGUUGAACUUUUGCUCAAACAGUCUCUCACAGACUGGUAAACCUCUUCUCCUCUUUACCUUUGACACAUUUGACCUCUCUUAAAGUCUUUUAUUACUUAGACCAUUCACUAGUCUCUUCCAAAGUUCAACUUUUUGAUUGUUUUGUUGUCCUAACUGUCCUAAAAAAAAUUAUGAUCAGUGUCGUCACUCAAUACUUUGUCUCCACAUUAUUUUCUUUGUCUUUUUUGUCGUCAACAGCGGACAUCCUGGUGUACAUCAAUGACGUUUGCGUGUUGGGAGUGUCUCACAGAGAGGUGGUCGAGAUGCUCAAGUCAGUGCCUGUCGGCCACGCUGUGGACGUCGAGGUUAGAAGAGGGUACCCCAUGCUCUACAACCAUGACGGCUGUCCCAAACAGCCCCCGCCACAAAUACUAGACAACGGGGACCCCCUCCUUCCACCCACCACCACCCAGCCUCAGCCUCUACACCAACUACCUCGCCUCACGACGCCCAGCCCCCAGCCCCAGCACUUUACUUUCAACGGGGUCCACAGCGACGUGUACCGCUUAGAACCAGGUGUCAGUCUGGACGCUAACGGAAACGCCAUGUCCUUCAUCAGACAGCCGUCGUCAUACAGACGCUCCAGUUUGAGCAACGCCACCUCCUCUGCCCCCAUGCGUCCGCCGAGGUCCAACAGGAGUUUAGCCAGGCUGCAGUCCAUGGACCCCACACUCGCCAGUCAGAGUGACAGCGAGGUCGUUUCAGCCAUCGGCUCACACAGGUACGAGAUUCACACUCAGAACUAAAGACUAAAGAAGGAUUUAUGUGUGGUGGAAAACUUGAAAAGAAGCUGCAUGAACUUUGACUCUCAUACACGACACAAUCUGAAAAGGCUUUUUAAAAAUAAUGCUGCAGUUUGCCAGGUCAUAUCAUCAUCAGUUAAUUUGGACGUCAAUAAAUGGAAUGAACUGAGCGCCAUUCAGGUCUAAAAAUGAUUUGAGUUAAGCACAUGAGCUUCAAGGGUACAGGACAGAGGUCAAAUUAGGAAAAAUAGAUAAAUGACUGUCCAGGUUAUUUGAGAACAAAGUUUAUAAUGAAAAGGAUCAGUCUGAAAUUAAAAACUAAGGCUUUCUGAGGCGGUACAGAAAUGUGUAAUUAUCCAGGAUGUGUCAUUUCAACUCACCAGAGUCUUUAUUAGGACAUAAGAGAAGAUAAAACAGGAGUUUAAAUACAACUAGGGUGUCAAGUGAUGGUAUUUACCUGACACUUAAAGCACAAAUUACAAUUUUGACAUUAUUUUCACAACUUCUGUCUCAUCAGUUUGGCCAUAAAAUGUUUAAAAUGAGGGAAAAUGUUUUUAAAAUUAAUAGUUUUUGUCUAAUCAACCAUUUAGUUCCCAAAGACUCAUCAUAAGGUGAUGUAAAUAGUAAAGAAAACAGAAAAUAGACACAAUUUAGUCGUCAAAACUGACAAAUGUUGAGCGCUUUUUGCAUAAGGAUGACCAAAAACUAUUUAUUUGAAAUUGAAUAUUUUUUACUUUUUUUAAAUAUUAAUACUAAUAAACUUUGAACCUCCACAUUUAUGAUUAAUCUGGUUGUUGGUAUUUGUGUUUAGGAGCACAAACAAAAGUAUCAGUGGAUUUUGAUUAAUUAAUUCACUAUUUAGUCUCCAAAUAUCUGUGAGAGAGAAGUCAUGUUAACUUAUUAAUUAUCUUCAGGUUUUAACUCCUUUCUUUGUUUUUCAUCAGGGCGUCGAUGAUCCGUAACCACAACAACAACUCCCUCUCAACACCCCCUAAUCCUCUACGUUACGGCACCUUCAAAUCAUCAGAAAGCGACCUGUCCACCUGCACCCUCUCCGGGUCCCGCCUGCCCCUCCCUCAGUCCCCCAGGAGGCCCUCCACCUCCCCCGGCGGCCCCUACAGCGCUCGCGCCCGCCUCUUCAGACCGCACACAGCUUCACACCUCCGACCUCCUCCCACGCCUGAGAGCCCGCACCACCGCGGGUACAACGGCUAUCUCGGCAACACCAGCCCCACCGCCAGUCCUAGCAGCGUGUCCUCUCCCGGAGCGAUGAGCAUGGGCAGUGGGAUUGGCAGUUUGAGCGGAGGGGAGCUGGUGCCGGUGGCUUUGGCCCAGACUGAAGGAGACCAAGGACUCGGCUUCAGUUUGACCGCCGGGGGUCCAGGAGGGAGGAUGACUAUCGUGAAGAGAGUCUGGGACAGGAGGCAGUGCAACUCCCUGCAGCCAGGGGACGCCAUUAUCAAAAUCAAUGGAGCGGAUGUCCAGAGUCUCAGCUUCUCACAGGUAAAGGAAGACCAGAAGGGAGGGAGUAAUCAGCUCAGAAGACAUUUUAAAUCCACUUUUUCUUUGCCUGAAUUUAUCCAUCUUUGACAAACUCUAUUGUGAAAGUGUUCCCAAACACUGCAGUACAUACAAACAUCAUUUUCUGCUAUUUCUGUACUCUAAUAAGUCAUUGCCUACUAUUUUUCUCUUGCUGACAGGUUCAAACGGUUCUCCUGGAGCACACCAGACAAGCAGAAGUCGUCUUGUUGGUUUACAGAGGAGGUAAAUUGGCGUACAUCUUUGAAGAGUCGCUGAGUUUUGAAUAAAAAGUUCCUCUCUUCUGAUUUUAUUCCACUUUUUCUGUCUCAUUAUCAGGCAUCUAUCACUCAGCUGUCUCCCCUGGCACCCUCCGAAGACUACCCCCGCCUCUCCUCCGCCCACCUCCUCCACCUGUUAGUUCAGAAACCUCCUCUCUGCUCCCAGAAACUCUGCCUUUGCCUCGCACUUCCAUCAGCACCCCUCCGGCCUCCCCAGCCAAGAUGCGCACCUCUCUGAUCCAGAGCACCAGUUUCCUCGAGUCGAUUCCGGUGACCCUGACCAUGGAGCCCAAAGACUGGAUCAACACGGGCCUGGAGGACGAGGCGAGCGGGGUCACGGUGCCUGAUUCGAGUCUGGACAGGCAGGGCGGUGAACGAACUCGGCCGCUUCGAGGUUUCGAUGUGGAGCUGAGGAGGAAACCCGGAGAAGGCUUUGGUUUCGUCAUCGCCUCUCAGGACGUGGAGAACGGCAAAGGUGAGAGUCGUUUUCAUCACGUUUAUCGAGUUAAACUUCUUUAAACUGUAAAACUUUUUUAAUCAACUGAUCUGAGGAAGAACUGGACGGCCAUUACGUGUUAUAAACUGGACGCUUCUGGCCCAGUCGAACCAUUUGGUUACUUGCCCGGGGAAACAAGCUUUAUUUGGAUGCCCUUGUGGACAAACGUACCAUUAAGUAAUUACAGAUUAAAAAGUGGCCGCUGUGGCUGCACGCCACUGGAUGAGUCAUGAUGCAUCAUCGAAAAAACUCAGGAAGUCACAGCUUCCUGGAAAAAAAAGAACUGGCUCAUCCUUCCCAUAAAACUGCAACAUGCCUCAGAGCGCGACAGUCUCUUUAUUGAUUGAACAAACACGAUUUGAUGUGUGUGUCAGUGAAGUCCAGGGCGCUGAUGAGGCAGGCUGUGUUUUCUAAUGAGUUAGCGUGGCUGGAUGUUUACUCCGUUUAUCUUCUUAUUUUCCUUUUGCCAAACUAAGAAAACAGGAACACACUUUUGUUUUUGUGAUAUUUAGCUUUAAAAAUGUGUUUGAAAUAAGUGAGAUAUCAUAAUUGUGUCAAAGUAUAUUGGACAAAGCUGAUUGUUUAAAACACAUGGAUUAUACCAGCAGGGUUGGAAUUUCCAUACUUUUCCAUAACCUAAUUUUUAGAAUUAUUUUUCAAAAUACCUGCUUUUCUAUUUUAGAAAACAGUAUUUUAGAACUGUGGUAAUAGUCUGGAAACAUAAAUAUUUACUCGUACUUUAUUUUCCAUACUUUUUAAGAUCUGGAAAUUGAUAAAAUGUAUUUCCAUACUUUCCAUACUUGCAUAGGAACCCUUUACCUGGAUGGGCUGCCCAAGUAUAUUUUUAUUUACCAAAGUAAAUUCACACAGUUUUCAGUUUUUACGAUCUCAGUCUUGGAUUAAUGAUUAAUAUCAGUGCUGUAAGUGAUGCUCAAAAGGUCAGAAAAGGCAAAGAAAAAUAAUUAAAGCUGAAAAUAAGUUAAAGCUCCUAUGAGCGGCUUCCAGUUUGUGUCAGUUUUGGCGCCCCUUUGUGGACAAAGCAGUCUGUGCUUAUUUUUCUCAAAUAAUGUCUCUCAUUAUUCUGGCUUUUAACAGUUAAAUGCACCAUUAGUUGUGUGAAAAAAAGUGUAAAAAGGCUGUUUUUUUAGCUGCUCCUCUGACACCUAUCCCCUUGGAAGUCAGAUGUUGGAGCUGGGAAUAAUGUUACACCCGAGUUGACAGCGUUCCAGUUAAAAAGUAGGAAAACCAAGAUGGACGCCUACAGUUACCCGUUGUCAGCUGUUGUUUACGAUUGUCAGCUGUCGUUGCCUGUUGUCAACUGUUGUUAGUUGUUGUUAGCUAUACCAGUUUUAAAUAAUGUACAACAAAGUACUUUACUCUACAAACACUAUAGCAAUGUUCACGGUAAGACGUUGGGUAGCAAAACAUAUACCACUUCUUUAAUUUCACAAAAGCAAAACAGAAGUGCUAAUAAAUAAAACAUUACAAGAGCUUUUACUGUUACUCUUUACUGUUGAUGCACUGUGCUGUCAAAUUGAAUUAUGACGUUGUCGUCAAGUUGGGGUUGGUGAGGAUCGUCCUACUUUCCGAGUCUGAAAUCUGACUUCAGUGGGGCGUUCCAGAUGAAUUUCCAACUCGAGCUUUAAAAUCCUGACUUCCGAGUACAACUAGAACGCAACAUGAAAUUUACCAUGUAAACAUUUUAAUUGUCGUCACUUAUGGUCUUGUUUACUAUUAAAAAGUCAUCAGUCUAAAUUUCAGUCAAUUUCAUGAGCAGCAAAAACUCCUCACAGGAGCUUUAAGCAAGUUAUUUAACUCAUACACUCGAUAAAGUUUAAGCUCGCCCCCCUCUGCUUUAUCUUCUGUUAUUGUAGGAACAUAAAGAGUGCUGUUAGGUGUUAUUUCUAAAUGUCAGUCUGUUCCUCACUGCUAACAGGUUGCUCUCAGGUUUCAUUUGAACCCGUGCUCUUUUUAAUUCCAUUGUUAGCUUGUUUGUCUCCUGAGCAAAAUGAGCUUUUGUUAAAAGUAUCGCUUGUAUCAGGCUGUAAGCUUCUUUAUCCGCUCUGACCUGACAGCAGGUUGAGGAUUGUUGUUUGUACCGCAGGUGAAGCGAACACGUCCUCCUCUUAUUAGCCUUUAGUGUAGCGCUUCUGAAUAGCAGAUUCAGCCGCAGCAGCCCCCGUGAGUUAUUACCCCGUCCCCCCUCUGCUUUUGUCUUGUACUGGCCGCCCUCUGUUCCAGCAGUGAUGCGGUUCAAUUUGCUUUAUGGGCAGAGCGAACACACAUUAACGUUUUCAUGGGGGGAUUAAGGUUGUAGGUGCACCUGUCUCUGCGGUAUGAAGACCUUCUAUUUCUACCGCGUCCUCAUUUUCCUCCUGUCAUGUCACAGAGAGGAGUCGCCACUAUCUCUCCAUCUCUGCCUCCAUCCUCUAUCAGUCACUCUCUUUUCUCUCCUCUCCUCUCAUCCCUCUCUUAUUCUCCUCCUCUCAAGCUCCCGCCUCCUCUCUCCCUCACUCUCUCUCUCUCUCUUUACUCUGCAGUAAAAGCGUCCAGUCUGGUUUUUCAAAGAUUAAAACUCUCUCUCUCUCGCUCUCUCUUUCUAUCUCUCUCUCCCUCCCUCCAUACCUCUGCCUUCCACCUACCUCCUGCUCUCUCCAUUACUCUUUGAAUGAAAUGCUACACUGAUCGUUUCCCUUUUCGCGGAGGAUCAACAGAGGGGACAGCAGACCUGUCUUUGAGCUCCUGUUGAGUGACACAUGUGAAUCUCAACACCUCGACGCAGCCUGAGGAGGAAUUUAGGAGCUUUUUUUUUGUUGUUGUUUUCAUCUUUUCUUCCCCUGCAGCCAUGCUGGAGAGACUACAGUCUGCUUUGAGAACUGUGAAGGAGUCUAAACGUAAUUAUUCGCCUCACUUCUCGUUUCAUGUUUACUAAGAGGAAUGCUUUGGUGCAGUGUUUCUUGUUGACUUUAGCGCAUGAGGAUAAAGGUUGUAAUUCUGCGUCGCACUCUGAAGUUUUGCUUGACUUUGCAGUGUGAAAGUUCGCUCCACAGGCUCACAUGUUGAUGUUUAAUCAGUCUAGGAGAUAAUAAUCAUGAUUUUGCAGUAUCAAAACAGUAAGGGUGCUUUACGCAGCAGAAGCGUGAUGUUAUAAUGAGGUGGAGGUCUCUUUGUGAGCUGCACAGACAGCAACAUGAAUGACUGACAGCUACCUUUAGCAGUGCUGAGUUCAGCACUACCCAACCUGCACACUCUCACACUCCUGCAUGAAUGAUCCUGCUAUAGAUCAACAGCUCUCCCUCUCUCUCCGACACGUACUAUGCAUCUGCAGGCUGCUGUGGGGACGUCUACUCUGCAGAGAGGGGGGAUAUUCUGCUUUAUUUCUUACGGUAGCUGAGAGAGGGAGGGGGGGCUGCUUUCACUCCUGAGCGGUGAUCAUUGCGGUGUUAUAGGCUGCCUGGAUAGAUGGCUGCUGGGCAUACCGCAGUGGGAUUACUCUGGACAGGAGAACAUGUAGAGCCAGAGGAAAAGACACUCAUAUAAAGCAGUCCAUUUGGAUGCAUCUGUGUGUGGUUUAAGCUACGUACGAAUGUGUGUGUUUAUGUGUGUGUAAAUGUGUGUGUGGCUGAGUACAUCUGUCCCAAUCCCUCUGCGUGUGAGUCACUGUGUGUGGCUUUGUGCACGUGUUUGUGCGUGCAAAAUUAUGACGUGUGUGUGUGUGUUCAUGUGUUUGGCCACUGUUGAUGUCAGAGCGAUGUAUUAUGCAUGUUAAGAAGACUAUUUGCAAAGCUGCCUUGGCUUUGAUUUGACCUGAUUGCUGCUUCUGCCUGGGUCACCCAGAUUAGGCCCAGAUUGGAGAUGGGUCUCUGGAUACACGCUGUACAUUUCAGCGGGAGUGUGACAUAGAUUUAAUUGUAUAUUCUUAGAUUUUAACUCUGUGAACGAUCACGUCAUGGCGCUCUGUAAGACAAUUCUUUCUCCAACCUCACAAAGAUGCAGAAUUACUGCGAAUUACUCCGUGCCUCAGCUGAGUGAGAGUCCCAGCGUGAUUCUGCUGCCUGAUGGGUUACAUAAGGCCACCGGCGAGACUCUAGAGGAGCCAGCUGUCACCCAAGCAGAGCAUACCCUUAAAGAGGGGUCAGAUAAAGAGCAAUUGGGAGUUUACCAAGACACAGAAAGAGAAACAGAAGAUCGAAUUAGAAGUCUGAGCAGACGGAGACAGACUGUCCGGCUGAAAAGUGUAAGAAGCUUUUUAGUUGGAGAUUAAUGGAGGCAAAUUUUCAGCUACUAGAUAGUUUUUCUUUUUCAACUGGAGUUACGCUUAAUUAAAAGUGUUUUUUUUAUAGAAGAUAAGUCAAAUUAGAUCCACAACUCAACCCUAACUUUACACUGUAUGAAAAACAUGAUUGUGAAUGUGGUCUCUGUGACGUCACCUAUCAGUUUCUGAGGCACAGGAGCAUUUUGUACCUCCUCAGUCGCUUCCAGAGAUUGGUGCUCCAUCUUAGCCUGAAGUGACCAUAUUUGGACAAGAGGGUGGAGAAGUAUUGUUACGCUUUGUCACUCAGUGUCUCCGUCCUGAAUCCCAGUUGAGGAGGUUUGUCAGUAACAGGCAGCCUCACUUUAACUAAGACUAGUAUUUACAAAUCAAUACCAUACUGUAUUAAAGUAGACCUUAAGAAGACUUUUUAGACUUUUUUCGCCUUUUGUUAUGUAAGUAAGAAAGUGAAAAGUUAGUUUAAGUGCUUUAGGUAGAAAAACAAACAUACAAAAAGUUAAAAAAAAAUACCAUGGCUACAUUAGCCACAGUGAAGGUGUGUGAUAAAAGGAGGGAUAAUAGGAGGGAUAAUGAAAUAAAUACCGGUCUGAACAGGUAUUUGGUUCACUGCUAUUCAGGCGCCACCUGAAACGCUUCAUUUUGGCUAACAUUAAUCCAAACACAGCCAGUGGGCGUUACUUUUUACACAGCUUUGUCAUCAUGAAACACCCGAAAAGUUCUGUUUGGACUUUACUUGCUGUUAAAAUGUUAUAGAUUGUGGUUCAGAGCUUUUAUAGUAAGAACAGUCCCAGAUUUCGCUUACGAUCAAACCCAGGUAGGCGUGUUUUUGCUAGAGCGGCUAGCUGACGUCAUGUUGCAUCCGUGUCUUAUAACAGGCUGUUCAGAGAAGGCAGGAAAGAUGCAACUUUUCCUAACAUGAAAUUUUCAAAACGUGACAAAAAAAUAAGGUUUUAAAACUGUCGACUUAACAGAAAGGUAGUAAAUCAGUCCAGAAGUGAAGCUGUUUGCCAUCUAUUGGUAGCCAGAGAAGUCGCCUCCUGCUGGCUGUUAAAAGGACUGCAGGUUUGAGAAGUAGAGGCAUCUCUUUUCUUUUUUUAAUUCACUGAAUUACUCAGUGUUUUCUUUUAUAUUCGUUAAUUGAUUGCACUUCAUAUCUUCACACCUUGUUCUUGAAUCCUGCAGGCCGACUUUAAUCCGAUAAAAAUACUCGAGGAUUAUAUUUGAUCCUUUAAGAAUUGACUCAUGCUAACAUUGAGGAGAAAGCGUGAGCGUUUGACAAAAUGAGGUGAAAGACGUUUUGUAGUGCGAGUAAAAACAAUCAGAUAUUUGCUGCGGGUGUUUUAUGUCUCUGUGUGUCUGUGUGUGUGUGUUUUGUAUGCAGGAGGCGUAGCAAUGCAGACCGACUGCAAGUUGGUGAUUCUUAGAGGAGCUGAGCAAUACAAACUGACUCAGUAAAAAGUGAAGUGUGGAUAUCUUAAGUCUGUUGUUUCGUGAAGUCUGACAGGUCCCUGAUGGGGAAAUUACGCCUGAGAGCUCUUCUACCAUGACAGUUUGUUCUCGAGGAGAAAGACGAAUCAGUGAACAGCGAAUAACACUUCCUGGUGUGUCAGUGGAUGAGGAGAUAGGUUGAUAGAUGGGCAGAUGAAGGAGGAGAGGAGAGUGUUUCAAGGAGACGGGUAAGGGGAAGUAAAAUAAGGCUUCCUGCGUGAGGUAAUUGAUAGAGUGAAUGGUGCCAAAAACGAUCCGCGGUUUAAUUACAGCUUGUUUUUUGGGGAUUUUUGGCGAACAAUCAGGUGUGAUAAAUCGUUCUGCUUUUAAAUCGUGCUUCAUUUGACCUCACUUAAUACUCAUUGAUUCAGUUAAAAGGAAAGUUUGGAGGCUAUUGUUCUCCCACUGCAGCGUCGCAGGACUUCCAGGCUCAUAAAUUACCUGCAGAAUAUUUCAGAUGGUAAUAACGGCGAUUUUUUUCUCUCCCCGCUUCAGCUGCUUCACUCCUCCCACACCGCUUUGUGACCGUCAGACGAGGCAGCCCUGCAGCCAAGAGCGGUCAGAUCCGACCCGGAGAUCGAUUGGAGGCGGUGGAGGGGCGCUCGGUGGUGACUCUGCCACAUCGGGAACUGGCUCAGAUCCUUCGUCGAGCCGGGAACACGCUGCGCCUCACCAUCGUCCCUCGGCCCAGCACCUGUAAGAAGAAACACAAGUAUCCAAGAAACACAAACUGAAAAUGAUCUUUCUUUUUUCUUUUGUGGUGUAAUUUUCAUUAUUGUCUCUUUUUAGAUGCUAACAGCCUCUCAGAAACCAACGAGUUUGAUUCCACUCACAGAAGCAGAAAAGGUCAGAGGUCGCGCCCUAAGGUAAGAGCAGAACUAUGAGCAAUACUUCGCACCUCAAGGUCACUGAGUUGGACAGAUUUUUGCGAUAUCUCAUCAUAUCCCUCUCGUCCUCUUUUACCCAGCGUGACUCCAGGUAUUACAGCGUGGACUUGGAUCGAGGCCCGUCUGGUUUUGGCUUCAGUCUGCGAGGGGGCAGCGAGUACAACAUGGGACUCUACGUCCUGGGGCUGAUGGAAGGGGGGCCGGCUUCACGGAGCCACAAAAUGCAGGUGCGUUUGUUCUCCCAUUUUAAUAAUCAUAAUAAUGCAUCAGAUUUUUACAGCGCUUUUUGUCAGUGACCUCAAAGCCCUUCACAUUGGAUACAUCAUUCAUUCACUUAUGCAGUCAGUUCUUUGACGGUGGUAAACUACCUUAGUAGCCACAGUUGCCCUGGGGCAGACUGACAGAAACAUGGCUGCCAGUUUGCGCCUACAGCCUCUUUGACCACCACACAACACUCACAAUCACACACCGGUGGAGGACACACACUGGGAGCAAGGCAGGUCAAAGGUUUUACACACCAGGAGCGUUUUUUUCAUGCGAUUAUUUCAGGCAUCACAUUUUUUUGCGAACCCGUAUCCUGUCAAUACAAGCGUUCACAUCAGGGACGUUUUCCCGUCCUGCGAUAUUCCGGCAUUUAUUUUUUUGGAUCACGGUUGAAUUUUCUAAAGUUUCACAUACUGUGUGUCCACUUCUGACCAAUCAGAUUUCAUGUUGUUGUGACAUCUGAUUCACCGGUAUAUCCAACAUGGCCGACCGGCUGAUUGUUUACGUGUCGGAGAACAAAGUGCUUUUUGAUAAAAACGACCUGAAGGAUGGUUUGUGUGCUUUAACAGUUUGCUAAACGUCUUUGUUUUAACUUUCAUCUGUGCUAAGUAACUUUAGCUCGUAAGCUAACCUGUUCAGAUACAACAUACCAUAUGUAUUUUCACUGUCUCAAACUCAAUCGUGUUGCUGUCACAGCACCAUUAGGUCUCAGUUGCUACCUUACGUUUAUGGAUUAUAGUUUAAUGUGCUUAUCUGGUACUGGCCCCGACUCAGUACAUGCUAUCAUGACAGACAGCCAUCUCAACACUAGAGUCUAAUCAGAACUGAAAAACACUCAGUCUGCUGUUGUGUCAGUCUUAUUGCUUCCACCCGGGACGCAUCUUUUUUCUGACCCCGGAAAGUCACAAAAUCACGUCGGGCUUGAUGAGUACAGUCAGGCGCAUCAAAAUUCGCCUAUAUAUUUCGCAAUUUCAUGUCCUAUAUUUGCGUUGGUCCCGGUGUGUAAGGACCUUAAGUGUCUUGCCCAAGGACACAAUGGACAGACUAUGGAUAGGAUGGGAUUCGAACCACCAAUGUGCCAAUUAUUAACCGACCGCUCUGCCUCCUGAGCUACUGCCGCCCUAAGAAAGAUUUUAGAGUCUGUCUUUCUUUGUAUACAACUACUACGACUCAGAACCUGCUACAAUAAUCCAGAACCCAUCUGAGGCUCAGACACAUCCACGCUCAGAACUCUAAAUCCAGUUUGCAAGAGUUUGCAUUUUCAAUUUUGACCUUUGCAGCAGAAAAAUCCAAUUAGAGGAAAUCCCCAAAUUUCAAUCUCUGCAAUCCCCGAGAGGGUUAUUGUUUUAUGAAGUUGCUUGCCAAAAGCCUCAAAUACUGUGGUGGCCAAAUGAGGACUGACCGUUUUAACCGUGCAUCCUAAGACCCGCUUUUCUGACCAGUACCAAGAGCUGCGAGCCUCAACAAAGCUGAGAAACAAAGCACAGAUCACCCAAAGGUGAAGAAGCUGAGAAAGGAAAUCAUUUAACUCUUUCAGGCUUUGGUUCGUCAGCAUAACCUCUCAGGUGGAGCUUUUUCUCGACUGCAAGGCUUUGACUUCAAGUUCUCUGUCGAUACGGCUCAUAUUAGCGUCACCUGGAUAUUGAUUGUAUGUUCUGUCAGAAGGAACACACAGUCCUCACAGCCCGGGAAACUGAGUAACACUAGAUGUACAAGUACAGAAGAAGGAGCCGGACCUGGAAGAAAAACUCCCCUGAAUCGAAAUGAUUAUGUAGUUGUUGUUUUGAAACACAGCUGCUGCUCCUUCUGCAAUAAGAAACCUUUCUUUGGGGUAUUUAAGCGAGAUGAAACAUACCAUAUAUUUAAAGUCCCGCUGUUGUGGGUGUUUUGUUCAUGUGUUGCAGGUCAGUGACCAGCUGGUGGAGAUCAACGGAGACAGCACAGCGGGGAUGACGCACAGCCAGGCGGUGGAGCAGAUCCGCAGAGGAGGCCACCGAAUCCACCUGGUGCUCAAGAGAGGAAACGGCUACGUGCCAGACUACGGUGAGAAAGAGGAGAAAGAGGAGAAAGAGGAGAAACAGUGGGAGGGUAAGGAGAGGGUUGAAACUGAUUGUGUUCAAUGUGUGUUUGCAGAAGAGAAUGAAACAGCAUGGAAACUUAAAGUUAAAGUUAAAUGUAAAAAAGAGAAAACCUUAUUUCUUGCAUGCACUGUGUUUGUCUUGUCUUGGGUGUUUAAUCUUCUCUGGGACUGAUCUUUAUAAAAGCAUAACCAUCUUUUCUAAUCUCCUUCUUUCUUUCUUGUGUUUCACUCUGUUAACCCCACCUUCUUCUUCUUUGGUUUCUUUGGAUUUUGGCCUCUCUUGGGUUCCCUUUUUUCUUUCUUCUGUCUCUCGCUCUUUCCUCCCUUUCUCCUUUCUCUUCUCUCUCUCUCUCUUAGUGGAGCUCUCCAGUUUGUCUCUUUGUAUGACCAACUCCAAGCUAGGCGAGCCUUGCUUCUAUAUCAUUGGACGGACCGAGAAUACGCGGUUGGUAAUGGUUCCUGUUAGUUCUCCCAUUUUCUGUCUCUCUACAGUCACCUCUGCUAACCUCUGCAUUAUGUCUUCUCAGCUAAAGAUACGCUGUAAAAAUGUGCUGUGUUACUCUGCUUUCUUGUUCCCAUUGAAAUGUCUCUAAAAAGACUUGUAAGCAGAGUCUAUUAAGUUCAGCUCUAAAAAAGAUUUGAAGGACGAUUUGUGAAAUGUCGAUAAAAGCAGAUUUAGAUGAUUUGCACUUCAUUGAAAUCCUAGUUUGGUUGAAAAUACGACAUAUCAAGUGAUGAAACUGAAAAGAGUGUUUUAUUCAGAAAAUAGGCUCACUAUUUGAUACCAGCAACAAACUUCAAAAAAGUUUGAAACGGAGACAAUAAACCCUGAAAUACUCGAGUAAUGCUGAAUAAAACUGCAUGAGGUUCUUCUACUAACCAGUUAGGUUAUUACGCAAAAUGUUAGUAACAUGACUGGCCAAACCCACUGAGCAAUAGACGACUAUUAGACAUCUAGUUUUUAUUUUAGACCGUCUAGAUUCUGUAUAUUUUUUAUAUAAGUUUAGACGUUGCACUUUAACCCGUUAUUCGAUAACUAUUUUUAUUUCAAAAAGCAACUGUGAGUUGCAUAACUGAUCUCCAAGUACUUAACCAAAAUAAUUAUGAUAGCCGUUGAGCAAUAUACAGUGUAGUAAAGAUAUAGCCCAGAUUUAGACUUGGUCUAAACUUGGUCUAGCCUGAUUUUAGACCAAUUGUCUCAGCUACAUUUAGAUGUCUAUUAGACCUCUUUUAGACCAAAAAAUGCUCAGAAGGGUUGAGUCUUUCAGAAGUAUUGAUAGGAAAAUGUUCACCGCUUUGUGAGAGACUGCGAGAGCUGAAGUUCAACACAUACAAAAUGUGCUCCUCAGCUUAAAACUGCAAAGAACUUAUGAAGAAUCUUUGUUGUGAUCUUUGGAUCCUCGUGUGUACUGCAGUGAUAACAGACAUGACUCUGUAGUGGACAUCACUGCAUGGGCUCAAAAACAGUCUGUAAAUGCAGUUUAUAGCUGCGUCCACAGAUGUGAGUUAAAGAAUAAGAACAAGAAGAACUUUAUUAAUCCCUGAAGGGAAAUUCAAAUUCUGAGCCAUGCAAACAGAAAAUCAUUUAUUGAUAAUCUAGUAAUCAAUCAAACUCUGUGGGCCUCAUUUCAGAGAGUCCAGAUGUAAACACAGGGUUCCUACACACUUGGAAUUUCCAUACUUUUCCAUACCCUACUUUUUAGAUUUAUUUUAGGAAAUACCUACGUUUCAAUUAUAGAAAACAGUAUUUAAGAACUGUGGUAAUAGUCUGGAAACAUAAAUAUUUGUCCAUACUUUGUUCUUCAUUUUUCAUACUUUUAAGACCGGGAAAUUGAUCAAACUACUUCCAUACUUUUUUAUACUUUCCAUACUUGCUUAGGAACCCUGUAAACAAUAAGAUUUUUCAGUUUCAACAUUUGACAUGUUUUCUCUGCACAUGAGGUUAAAACAAUUUACAAACAUCAUAUUUUUCACAGCAUCUUUUCAUGAUUUGAAGUUGUAAUAGCACUUUUUAUCCAUUUUUGAGGAGCAUACUAAGAGGGUAGAUGUGUCUCAUGUUUGAAACAAAGCGUUUUCUGCAGGUUGCUCUCAAAAAAGAGGAGCAGCUGUUGUUACGCAAGCAAACUAAUGCCAAAAAUCCCCUAAAUCAAAACAGUUUCUGGAUUUCCGAGCUCUUUAAUAAGAGAUUAUAUAAAUCUCUCUCCGCCAGAGAUUUCCUCUCAUUUACCUGCUCAUUCAGUCUGUUCUCUCUCCUCCUCUCUCUGCCUCCUUCUCUCCUCAUUACAUGUGUCCAGGCCGUGA